AUGCCUACCAUUAUCCAGCCUCCAGGUAAUCCAUACAAAAAAAAAAAAAACUGACAUUCCUCUUUAAAAAAAUAUGUUUGUAUAAUAGGACUAUACUCCAUGUCUAAAUCCUGUUUGAUUAUGAAACAUUCCAAGCUGCACUAGAAAUGUAUAAAUUUACUUAGAUACUAUGUCAGUACCUUCAAUUAUCGAUCAUGCUUGUUAAAGGGACACUCCAGGCACUCAAACCACUUCUGCCCAUUGGAGUGGUCUGGGUGCCAACUCCCACUAAACUGCAAUAAUUACCUUGCAGGGUUAAGUCCUCCUCUAGUGGCUGUCUAUCGGACAGUCACUAUAAGGACUUCCGGGUUCUUAAAACACAAAAAGUGUUUUAAACGACCGUGGACGUCCUCAGCCUAUGCAUGACGACAUCCAGUUUCGCUGGAAUCCGCGCAUGCCCAUUAGGUCUCCCCUGCUGACAUCAGCCGAAGAAGCGUGGGCGGAGUAAGUCACUUGAAGGGGUUUUAACCCCUUUGGCAACAUGGGAUGGGGGGUGGGAGGGAGAUGGGCACUGCAGGAUUCUGCAGUGCCAGGAAAACGGGUUUGUUUUCCUGUCACUGGAGAGUCCCUUUAAUUCUCUGCUAGUACUCCUAUUGUUUCUCCUGUAUUCUCUCUGGUCUUAAGCACAGACCAAUGCUUCAGCCUUUUCUUAAAAACAUAAAACGUGCAGUUCUCCAUUUACAAUGACACCGUAUCUACCUGUGAUUUUUGCAAUAUACUUGUCAAUGCUGUAGUGGCAUCACAAGCUGUAUGUUGUUCCGAGCACUAUGAAAAUAAAGAAUUAUAAACAAACAAACAAAAUGUAUCUUUGUAUAAAUGAUUAUUUUUUUUUUUUUUUUUUUUGAGAAACACUCCAAACACCUUGGCCACUACAUUAUGAUAGUACAACACUGAGGUCAGACGGUUAAAAUAUUUGUAAUAGACCUCGCUGGCUGACUGAUUCUGACUGUAUCCUUCCAUCCAAAAUCUGUCAGUAGUGUGACUGUGCAAUUGACAAAACUUGACAAUGGAAGCUCAGCCUUUUCUCAACCGUAGCAAAGAGAAGGUUGUGUCCUUUUGUCUUCUAUCUCCUAACUGCUUUGGAAUAUCAAUGCAGUCAGUAUGAGUAUUUUGUAAAGAUUUUUAUCUUGAGGUCACAAGGCCUCCUGAACAACAGGUUUAUUAUAUCUAACUUGGAUGGCAUUAAUGGGCUAAAUGUUCUAGUGUUGGAGAGAAUUGUAUUUGUAAUGCAAAAGUGUGAAUUCUGCAAGGGAAGCUGGUGGUUUUGUGUCUUAUUUAAAAAAAAAAUAAAAAAAAAAAUUCUGAAAACACGCUGAAAUGGUUUGACUGAAAACAGGACAUUAUUUGUUGCACCAUCCCCGCCACUUUAAACUGUAGUGGUUGCCCCUUCAAGAUACGCAUUAUUGUAUUGUGCUUGAAGUGUCUUUUAGCUCCUAAAUGCAUGUGUUCAGGGUUUCCUCAGUAAAACUUUGGACCAUGUUCCUAGUAGAAUAGUAUGAAACUCGUUGAUUUGAAGAUUAUGGUCAGCUGCAAUGUGCAGUAAAUAGCGAAAAUAAAAAACUAUUCAGCCAUAAUUACUGCCAAGCUCCCCACUGUGCCGAAAUUCACUUUUCCAGUGAGUGAAAUGUUAGGAUUUGAACCUUAUCAGAUACAUUUAAGUUACAUUUGCCAGCAUGUAUAUGCUGGAAGUCCUUUGCAAUUUCUCAGUAACGAUGUCUUGGUGUCCUGAAACUUUGAUCAUGCUUGGUAUUGGUUGGAAAUAUGUAAGAUAAGAACAAUGUAAAUAUUUCAGAGACUGUGUGUAGGGUGGUAUGCUGUUACACUUUGCAUACUUCUGUCUUUAUACAUUUUGCAUGUAGUCAUAGGGACCGGUUUCUAUUCUGUUGUGGUUUACAAUGAAUUCUAUUUAUUCUGAUUAUAUCUUGUUAUAGAGAAUUGGCACAUAUGCUAUGAUAGGUGUUUUGGUUUUUAAGCUUCUUUUAAACUGAACACUUAUGUGAUCGUAAUAUCUAUUCACAAAAUCUGUUCAGAGGUCAUGGUAGAUAUUUUGACAGCUGUUACGAGUAAUUGGCUCCGGUACAUCAUUUAAACACAAUUCUAUUUCCUCCUGCAUCAUAGAAGCAGAUAUUUACCUGUCCAGCCAUCAUAUGAGAUUGCUAGAGUCAAUGAACAAACCACACAAAUAUAAACUGCAUUUGGCUUCAUGUAGAGGGAAAAAAAUAUUAAAUGGCAGUUUCUCUUCCAUAUGAUUGUAUUACGGUCCAGUAGACUUGGCAAAGGUAGUGAGCAGAGGAUUCUGAAGAAAGCGCUCUAAUGGUAGGGAAGAGGGGUUUCACAGAAUCUUCCUUGUAUCUCCCACCCCCUUGUAUAUUAAAAUUUUUAAAUGGUAAAUUAAUUACAGGUUCUCUUUUACGUAUUACAAUUUUGAUUAUAGUUCUAAAUUACACAAAAAUUGCCUAUGGGAGCCGUUAUAGUUGCACCUGUCAAGGCUACACUACCCAACUUACAAGUAUAGGUCAGAAAUAUGAAGACAAAAAGGGCGUAUUACUGGAAACCAAGAAUGACCGGGUUUAAGGUUAAAGAGUGAAAAUAAAAAAUUAGUCAAGGUUAUCAGAAAUGCGUAACUACGAUGUAAUUAGGCAGGUCAGGAUUACAGAGGUCAGAAGGGCUGGUAAACAAGCCAAAAUCGAAUAACCAAUAAAUCCGGAAACAUAUAUAAUGCACUAUACGAGGAACCGAGGGAAAACCAUGACCGGGCAAUGACAAUGGGGCUAAAUCUUUAUAUAAACACAGAAGUGGAAACUGAUUGGUCCAUGUCACCCCUCAACCCUAAAAAACAGGGGAAAGACGCUGCCAGAACAGGAAGUGACGCUAGGCGUCCUGUCGGUAUAAGUAGAGGGGUGCCGCAAGCGUGCAGCUUCCCUCUCUUUAUAGGCAGCCUAAGAGAAUUCGCCUCCUGAAGUGAAAGCAGAUGUGAACCGGGACGCGGUACUUCCUGAACAUCGAGCACAGCGCGCUCAGGAAAGUCUGAGCAGCGUGUCUAGGUAAGUAUUAUGACAGCACCUACCUGCAUUCCAAAUGAUGCAGACGUGCCAGCUUAGCUGUUGGCACAUUGAUAUCGGAACAUCCUAUGUAAAACCAUCUGCAAAUGGGAGAAAUGCUUGAUGGCGAAGUAGCACUUUGACAGAGAGUAGGACAACCAUAUGGAGGAGGGUUCUCCUGUUCAUGAAACUCACUACUCUUCCUGGAGACCUUUGACUAAGGCAUACAAACGUCUUUGUAGAUAAGUGAUUGUGUGUGGGGGAAGUGUGCUGUUUUUUUGUUUUGUUUUAUUUAUUUUUUUAGAUUAUUUAAAGAUUUAAAUAUUUAUAUACAUAUAUACCUGCAUAGGCAAUGUUUACAUUAAAAUGCCUGCAGGGACAGACUAUACACACCAGAACAAUUACAUCAAGCUGUAGUUUUUCUGGUGACUAAAGUGUCCAUUUCGUUUAAACCUAAGUAGUAAAUACCAUGACAGGUACACUUUGAAAAUGUGACAAAUGACUUUUCAAUCCGUUCAGUCCAGAAACAGCCAAGCAGACAUUGCAAAUGAGAGACAUAAAGACAGUUCCAUUCACAAGCAUGGGAUCUCUUUAUUUCAGUGCCAAUUUAAUUCCCCUACCCCUACUUGCCUAUAUGCUAUCUUAUGUGGUGCAGAUGUGAUCCCUCUCAGUGGAUCAUCAAUGGUGGAUGUUGGAGAUACCGUGGGCCCUCCUAAAUUGCAGAAAAUUGAGCAGUGAAAUUACAUAAUUAAACUAUAGAAUAUUUUGAUGACUACAGUGUCACUUUAAUGUUAUUUUUGACACUUAAUAAACUAGGGGUGCACAACCUUUUUUAGAGAGGGUUGGAAAUGACUGUAAUUCUGCCAUAUAACAUCCCUUACAGAGGUAUUCAUGUGGUGUCAAGUUUGGUCAGGGGUGUUGCUAGAGUAAAAAAAACCCACCAGGGGCUUGAGCCAAAACAAAAUUUGGUAUCCUAUUCACAGACUCCACCCCUUAACAUCUACAAGAUACUCUACUUGACACAGUCAUAGUUACAUACAGGCAAACACAUGCAUAUACAAGUAUUAUUACUUUUAUGGGCUUUUAUACAGUAGUAAAGAGGGAAACUUAUAUAACACUAGUUUAUAAAGCAUUUGUAAACUCCUGCCAGCCAGAUCGACAAUUUCUAUCCGUUCGCAACAAGCAAAUGGGUGUCGGGAACUCGUCAGAAGCCACCAAUGUGUUGCCAACUGGCAGGGCCGCCAUCAUAAAUGUUGGGGUCCCUUUCACAGCUCAAGGUCCCGCCCCGAGCCCGUCCACAGGGCCCACCCUGAGUCUUCCCACAAUGAUGCAGUGUGUGUGGUGAAUGAAGAUGGUAUAUGUAACAAAAAGAACAGUUUGCCUGAAAAGACUUAUGGAUUACAAUGCAGUUCGGGACUUUGCAAGCAUUCUCCAUGUGAAUGCUUACCUACCUCUAACAGGCCACCCUGACUGUUAAUUGAGACUAAUUUACCUCCCUGCUUGAUGGGCAUUUUUCGUCGAAAAACCGCACGAACGCUAUGGGAGCUGUAAGCCCAGCCGCCAUUUCGGGACUUCCACGUGUUCGCGGCCAUUUUAACCGCUGAGACCUCCAUACCUUCGGGAAAACCUCGCCAAAACUACCGAACGACCAGGCAUUCCGUGGAAAGACUCAACAACGGAUGGGGUUUUCAGCGAACCCAGGAUGGCAUACGGAUGGCCGGCCGGCCGUUUGGGAGUUUUUACCCACGAUCUUAGACCGACUGCAGGGCCAGCAUUCAUGGAUCUGUUUUCGGCUACUGUGCCCGUGCGGUCGGUCAAAACUUCUAAGUCCCAUAUCUCCCGAACGGUUGAACCGAAUGGGCUGAUUUUUAAAUAGGUUAGUCCCCCAGAAACAAGUAUUUGGGGUACAUCCAAACUUUGGGGAAAAUAUGUUCUUUUUAAAUUGUUAGUUAUCUAAGGGGAGGGGAUGUACAGAAUGUAUAUUGUCUUGAUUGGUUAUAAUGUUAAUUAUGUGGGUGUCUCCCUUGCAUGGGCAGAAUCACAUAAAAGAGAGUGUCUGUCAAUAAACCCUCAGUUCUUCUUGACCCUUCAAAACGUAGCCUCGUCUCGUUCUUGAAAGGGGAAUUUAUGCAGCAUAAUCACUCAGCUCUUUUUUAGAGCUGCACUUGACUUUCACCCCUGAUCCAGCAGCAGGGAAUAGGCGACUCCAUCACUACACAGCGACUUGCCGGGAAGAAAAGGACGUCCCCAACGGCUACCAGGGUAGCCGUUACAGUAUAUUACAUAGUGUUGUAAAUUUCUUCCAAACAACUCAACUUUGGUUUCAUCUGUCCACAGAAUAUUUUGCCAGUACUGCUGUGGAACAUCCAGGUGCUCGUGUGCAAACUGUAAACGUGCAGCAGUGUUUUGUUUGGACAGCAGUGGCUUCCACUGUGGUAUCCUCCCAUGAAAUCCAUUCUUGUUUAGUGUUUUACGUAUUGUAGAUUCACUAACAGGGAUGUUAGCAUUUGCCAGUGACUUUUGUAAGUCUUUAGCUGACACUCUAGGAUUCUUCUGCACCUCAUUGACCAGUCUGCGCUGUGCUCUUGCAGUCAUCUUUACAUGACAGCCACUCCUAGGGAGAGUAGCAGCAGUGCUGAACUUUCUCCAUUUAUAGACAAUUUGUCUUACUGUGGACUGAUGAACAGCAAGGCUUUUGGAGAUACUUUUAUAACCCUUUCCAGCUUUAUGCAAGUCAACAAUUUUUAAUUGUAGGUCUUCUGAGAGCUCUUUUGUGCGAGGCAUCAUUCACAUCAGGCAAUGCUUCUUGUGAAAAGCAAACCCAGAACUGGUGUGUGUGUGUUUUUUAUAGGGCAGGGCAGCUGUAACCAACACCUCCAAUCUCAUAUGAUUGAUUGGACGCCAGUUGGCUGACAUCUCACUCCAAUUAGCUCUUGGAGAUGUCAUUAGUCUAGGGGUUCACAUACUUUUUUUCCACCUGUACUGUGAAUGUUAACAUGGUGUGUUCAAUACAAACAUGGCAACAUUUCAUUCUUUGUGUGUUAUUAGUUUAAGCAGACUGUGAUUGUCUAUUGUUGUGACAUGAUCAGAUCACAUUUUAUGACCAAUUUGUGCAGAAAUCCAUAUCAUUCCAAAGGGUUCACAUACUUUUUCUUGCAACUGUAUUACAUUGCACAAUACUCCAACAAUUACAGCCAAAAUAAUCACCAUUAUCUGCGUGUAUGAUGGUUAUGACCUGGCCUGAUACCACACAAUCAGUCACAUGAGAUGGCCAAUUGAUGGAAACUCCUGCAUCAGAAAUAUACAUACAAAAUCAGUCAUCAGAAGAGUUCAUUCCUUCCCUUGAAUUGCCCAAUAUCCUAGGUAUAUCAGGUGUUUCAGUGCUAGUUUUAGAGAUUGGAUUUUACAUGUAGAAUGUAGGUUGUAAUGUAAACAGUGGUGCAGAUGGCACUAGUUUGUGUUGAGGCAUGUUUAAGGGAAUUUCCAGAAUAAAUUGUCUUCUAAAGUAAAAGUACAUUUGUCUGGCAGAUUUAAUCAGCACUGUCUGUUGUGGUUUUUUUUUUUUUUUUUUUAUUCGAUAAUAAUGAACAUGUGUUUGCAUGUUUAUCUAAUUUAAUGCACAUAAUACGAAUUUAAAGAGAACGGUCACUCCUGAAAAUUGCACCAAAUCAAAUGUUUGAAAACCAUCCAAUUAAAUGCUUCUUUGUGAGAAGCAUUUGAUUGGACCACGCGAGGGUGGCUGUGACAUCAGGAGAGGAGUGGGAAACCAGCUUUGCCCGGCGCUGGUUCCCAGGUAAGGUUUAUUAGGACUAGUUGUAAUCUUUAAUUAAUGAUAGGGCAAUACUGAUUAAAUGAACAGAUUCUCAAAAGAAUAACUCUUUAAGAUUCAUUAAAUGUAAUAAGCUUUUAGAAAAUUAGAUGUAAAGAUUUGAGGACAGUUGCCUUUAAGAGAGGAAUUUGUGACUUAGCCACAGUAUAGUAUGCAGUUUUGUGGAGCUGUGCAGGAGAAGGUGAAACACAUAAUGGGACAUUUUCCAGGAUGUAGUAAAACAUUUGGUAUAAUUUAAUCUCCUAGGUUUUUUGGGGUGUUUUUUCUUCUAAAUGCCAUGUAUUUUGUAAUCCUGUUAUUGCAUUACCAUUAACGAAUUAUAUUUGUAAUUACUUCAAUAAGUAAAAAGAGAUCACAACAUAAAAAAAAAACAAAAACACAUUUUCCAAGUUGUAUUAACCCCUUAACGACAAGUGACGGACCUCGUCUGUCGCCCGUUAAAAUUAACCCCGGAUCGCCGCUACCGUGGGGUUAAUGGUGCUCCGGUCUGCCUACAGUGAUCAAAAUACAGAUCACAGUAUUAUACUGUGAUGUGAUUUUUUUUAUUUUUUUAACCCCUGAGGAUUAACUUUUAUUUAUUUUUUAACCCUCAGGGGUUCAAUUUAUUUUAUUUUAUUUAAUUGAAAUAUUUUAUAAUUGUAUAUUUUGCUAGCUGUGGUGGGUGGGAGUUAUGGGAAAAUUGGGAAUUUACUGUUAGUACUGCUUACUGCUAGUUAGGGGUUAAUGGUAAAAAAAAAAAAUCUUAGAAAAAAGUUAAAUCUGUAAAAAAAAAAAAAAAAAGUUUUAAGAAAGUUUAGGAAAGUUUAAAAAAAAUUAAUAAGCAAAACAAAAGUUUAAAAACUUGUUUUUAAAAGUAAAAAAAAAUACAUUUAAAAGUGCUCAUUACCACUACACCUGGAACAAACUAGAGAAAAAAUUAUCCCACGCUAAGGUUCAAAAUAUGCCUUUUGAAUUACUCCAGGGUGUAUUCUUUAAUAAAUAGUAUGUGUUUGUGGAGAAGUUUCAAUAAACAACCGUCUAAACUACUCCAAAUUGGAACAUGGACACAGCGUAAAACUUCAAAGUUAGAAAAAAAACUGGCUGCGUCUCAAGUGCGCCCCUUCAACAUCCACAUAUACCUGGCAAAAGUACAUACGGGGGUAUUGCUGUACUCAGACCACAUAGAUGAGCAACAUAUCAAGUAUUAUACAGUCGUAGCACACAUAAGGUUUGCAAAAUAUACUGUGCAAACUCACUUUGUGUGUCAAAAAGGCAGAAAAAAACAAUUACCACUACACUUGGUACAAGCUAGCGGAAAAAUGAUCCCACGCUAAGGUUCAAAAUAUACCUUUUGAAAUACCAUGGGGUGUCUAAUUUAAGAAAUGCUAGGCCUUUGUGGGGUAGUUUGAAUUUAAACCCUGCUAAGAUGCUUGGAAAUUGCACAUAGGCCCAGCGUCAAAGUUCGGUAAAAACUGAUAUGGCUUGGUCUCCUAUAUGGCACUAUAGCUUCACGAAAUAGUGCCAAAGACAUUCAUUGGGGGUGUCUUUUUACUCCGAGGACUUAGCCGAGCAUAAUUUGGGGCGUUUGAACUUAGUGGCACAUGUGAAAUAUACAAAAUGCCCAGCAAAAAUGCAAUCCAUAUGUAAAAAACGCACACCAUUAUUUUUUACCAUAUACUUUUGGCAUAUAUUGGUGAAAAAAUGGGGGCAUGUUAAGGCACCUUAUGAGAUACUCUGGAGUGUCUACUUUUACGAAUGGUAGGCCUUUGUGGGGUUUUUUGAACAGUCAAACUGUUAUUAUACCCCAAAUGAAAGCAUAGGUUCAUUAAAUCCGUCUCUCAAAAUUCUACUGUGAAUACUGAAAAGAACAGGCCUCCUAUAUGGCACUGUAACUUCACGAAAUAGUGCCAAAGACAUACAAUGGGGGUGUCCUUUUACUCAGCAGAUGUAACUGAAUGCAAAAUAAAACUUUGUACAGGAAUAGCACAUACCAACUUUACAAAAUACACAUGAGAAUUUCUUUGUUAUAAGUUUGUGUGCCAAAAACCAAAAAAAAACACAAUUUUACUCCAAUAUUUAGCAGAGGUUGGCAGUGAAAUGGCUAUGUAGAAAGUGUCAAAACAACCUUAGGUAAAUAGCCUGUGAUGUCUACUUUAUAUAAAUAUAUACUUUUGUGUGGCAAUUUUGUUUUCUUUUAUGGCUAUUAAGCUUACAAGACAAACAUACCAAAUUCUAAAAUCGCUCCACAUUAAAAGUUUAUUUUACUCCUUGUGCUUUGUGACUUGUAACUACCAAAAAAAACUUAAAAUCCCAGACACAUUAUAUAUUCUGUUAAUCAGAAGUAAAUGAAUUUAUUUUUAAUUAUUUUCCUUAACCUGCACUAAUUAUGCACACACAUUAUUGCAAAAACUGUAAAAAAAAAUAAAAAUUUUUUUUUUCCUUUUUUUGUUGUUGCAUUUUUCUGUAUUUUUAUAAUAAAUAAGUAUUUGUGUAUAUAUAUAUAUAUAUAUAUAUAUAUAUAUAUAUAUAUAUAUAUAUAUAUAUAUAUAUAUAUAUAUAUAUAUAUAUAUAUAUAUAUAUGUGUGUUACAUCAAAUUAAAGCCCUUUCUGUCCUUUAAAAAACGAUGUAUAAUAUGUGUCGGUGCAAUAAAUUAGUAAAAUGCAAAUUGCAGUUGAACGCAAACAGCAAAAAAUGAAACAAAUGCUGUCAUUAAGUGAAAGACAAGCUUCUGAAGCUCUGUCCUUAAGGGGUUAAGAGUUGGGCAAUCACAAGGAAAUAAGAAUGAGAUAAGAGUACAGGUUUAUUCAAUUAAACUAAGAGUUUUGCAUUUUAGGCCAAUACAGUUGAAGCGGGAAAUUCUCUGAAUUAUCGUUUUUCAUUUUAGGUAUUUUUGCAGAAAAUUUUAAAAUUCACAAUUGAAAUUCCAACAAUUUACAAAUUGGAUAUUAUACAUGAUGUUUUAUUGAAUUCCAUUUAACAUAUUUAAUUCGCUCCUGAUCCUCCCUUCUGUCUGUUUAGAAUAUGUUGGGUACUUGUUUAUACAUUUAUACUUUAAUCAUGGCAUCAGCAGUCAAUUCAUGUGUGUUUCUUGGCAUUUGCCACCAAGUAAAAUGUGACAAGUAUUUCACAUUGCCAAAAAUGUCAUUUUGCGUUCUGUUUUGGAACUAUUAUUGUAGCCAAAUACUUAGCCAAAAUUAAGAGGGAGAAAGGCAAACAACUAAUUACAACUGGGAUAGCUCCAUAUAGUGCAGUGAUGGCUAAGCUUGACACCAUAAAUUGUUUCUGGAUAAUAAUUUAUGGUGUCAUGGUUAGACAUCACUGAUAUAGUAUGACCCUGAUUCUUUUUUUUUUUUUUUUUCAUGCAUUUAAACAUAUGCAAAGUAUAUAAAAUGUACUUCUCUUUAACCCCCUAAGGACACAUGACGUGUGACAUGUCAUGAUUCCCUUUUUAUUCCAGAAGUUUGGUCCUUAAGGGGUUAAAGUACAUGCAGCUAACACAGUAGACAGCACCUCACAGGCCAAGAAGUGUCUACCAAUCAGGAACUUCUCAUUCUGUGGGGUCUGAUCUUCGUUCAUGCCAUAUACUGUGUAGUUCAGCCCUAGGCUGCAGUUCCGUUUAUCACAUAAGAUGAGUGUAACGACUGAAUCUUUCCCACCAGAUGUGACUGACGUAAUCUGAAUUUUUGUUUUGGUAUUUCAGAAUUCACCACUUUACCAGUACCUGCAAGAUUUGGGACACACGGAUUUUGAAAUAUGUCCGUCCUUUUCACAGAAAAGAGAGGAUUGUCCAGAUGGGAGUGGGUGUCAAGAACGAGAUGUUCACACCACAGCAAAAGUGAGUGGGGUAUAAUAGGUGUGGCACAUAAAUUGCUAAGUGCAUGUAUAAAUUGUGAUCAAAAGUAGAAUCACGGCAUUUUGUACAUGUGGACAUUAUAAACAUGUCAGCAAGUGUCUGCUGAACUUUGCAGAAAAUCACACAGAAGACAGGAAGUAUUUGCUGUUGGUUACUCGAGCGUAGAUGUCUCAUUGCACACUCUAAUAGCUUUUAGAAGUCUCAUGUGUCCAUUUUUUUUAUUGUACCGUCUUGUUAAACUGAAUCUAAUUAUAUGCAAUACAGAAUCUUUGUCCGGCAGGCCAGUGCAUGUAAAGCAGUGGUAAAUGCAGAAAUGACCCUGUCUGAGCUAUAAAAGUAUAUAGAUGGAGCCAGUGAAUAAUUUAAAUAAUGAAACAUUAAAUGAGUAGGUAAUUCAAGUGCUGCUUGGGAAUUAGUAGAAAACGUUAUUUUCUUAUUUUACUUAAAAAGGGUCAGUCUAAGUACCAUAAGCACUUUGUGCGACUUCAGACUGGCCCAACUAUUUGUCAUUCAGGCGGAACAUUUGGAUCUGGGUAUGCUUGUAUGACUUUUGUCCAUAAUGGUUGAGGAUUUUUUUCCUCCCUACGAAGAGCAAAGCUGUGAACUGUGCAAGCCUAGUCUGUGCUUUUUUUUUUUUACUAAUUACAGCACACAGCCCAGUUCACUACACAUUGUACUAUUCAGUGUAUUUACUUAUAGCAGCUCCGGUAUUCCACAUUUUAGUUUAUGAUGAAGAUCCACUUGUCCUAUGUGAUAAUUGAACCUGUGGGCAGGGGAUAAGAUUUUCAUCCCAUAAGCUUUUGCUGGACAGGGAUUUAUGGGAUUUCAGUGUGUCCCCUGUUACUGCCGACAGACAAACUGAGCAGUGCAGAUAUAUUUUCAAAGUAAGAAACUUGUCUUUAGACUUUACGGUUUGUUGCAGAUAAGUCUUCAGGAGCUGAAGAGACUGAGAAAAAUAGGUAUGGCAAGGACCAAGAGCAUCAAGAGUGUCACUAUGCAAGUAUAUAUUCUGGCAGAUAAUGUUUGCAGAUCUUUAUAUUGCACGGUGAGACAUGACAGUGUGCAGUUUCUGGGGAUCUGACAACCUCUGACUCCCUUAGAAACCUAUAUCGUCCGUGUAGCUCGUGUGCUUGAGAUCUGGUGACCACUCGCAGUUCAGCUGCUGCAGACAAAACUUAAAUCUAUAUAUUUUUUUUUUUUAAAUACCUGUGCCCCAGGCAUAGGCAGGCUAAAUUACAAGAGUUGUUGCAAAUAGUUUUUGUUGAUUAUCUGAGCAAAGAAAUAUUUGUAGUAACAACACAAAUUUAAACACCGCGUAGAAAAUAGGUCACUUUAAGUUAAAAUAGGUUUGGUGCCUGGACAAAUUCCAAAUUCAGGUGAUACUACUGUACAAGAACCAACCUGCAUUUUAGAAGUGGAAUUUCUGAAGUAAAAUAUGCUAUGUUUAAUUUAGAGUUGUGUGUGUGUUUUUUUUUUUUUUUUCCCUCUCUCUCCCUCUCCCUCUCCUCUCCCUCUCCCUCUCCCUCUCCCUCUCCUCUCCUCUCCUCUCCCUCUCUCCCUCUCCUCUCUCCCUCUCCCUCUCCCUCUCCUCUCCUCUCCCUCUCCUCUCUCCCUCUCCCUCUCUCCCUCUCCCUCUCCUCUCCCUCUCUCCUCUCCCUCUCCCUCUCCCUCUCCCUCUCCCUCUCAAAUGUUUGCAAUUAGGCCCUUAUAAGCUGUACACAGAUUCAUGUUUAAACAGGAUCCCACAGUGGCAUUUUAAACUACACCAAGCUCUAGCUUACCUAAAAUAUUACAUAUUGCUUGUCAGUUACUGGCAUUCUGUUAUGUUAUUUUUAUUUAGAUGUACCAGGCCAUUUUGCAGUGCAAGCAAAGGCUUGUAUCUGCUAUGCAAGUUUCUCGCGGUCUCUGGCACCUAAAGAUCUAAUCCACAGUUGUCAACUGUGUUCUUAAAGUUAUGUUAUUUAUGUAGCGCCAACAAAUUCCGCAGCGCUUUACAAUGGGUGGACGAACAGACAUGUUGUUGUAACCAAACUAGUUGGAGCACAGGAACAGAGGGGUUGAGGGCCCUGCUCAAUGAGCUUACAUGCUAGAGGGAGUGGGGUAAAGUGACACAAAAGGUAAGGAUAGUAUUAGACUAAUGACAGUUGCAGGAGAGGAAUCAGUCAGGAGCUAUAAACAGUUUAAUUGAUACGCUUUUAUGAAGAAGUGGGUUUUUAAUGACUUUUUUUGAAGGAGUGGAGACUGGGUGAGCAUCUAACAGAGGAGGGAAGCGAGUUCCACAGGAACAGUGCAGCCCUCGAGAAUUCUUGAAGGCGAGCAUCAGAGGUGGGAGUUCGGACAGAAGAUAGACGUAAGUCUUCAGCAGAGCGUAAGGGCUUAGAUGGGACAUACUUGUGUAUUAGGGAUGAUAGAUAGGUGGAAGCGGCAUUGUGUAGAGAUUUGAAAGCAAGAACCAGAAUUUUAAAUUGAGCCCUAUAUCUUACAGGAAGCAUAUGUAGGGACUGACAGAAGGGUGAGGCGUGGGAGGUGCGGGCAGACAGGGAGAUGAGCCUCGCCGCCGCAUUCAUUAUGGACUGUAACGGCGCAAGUUGGGACCAUGUAAGACCACUGCGAAGCGGAUUACAGUACUCAAGGCGAGAAAGGACAGUGGAAUGGACCAGCACCUUUGUAGCAUCUGGCGUUAAGUAGGGUCGGAUGCGCGCAAUGUUUUUGAGAUGCAAAUUACAGGAUUUGGCAAUAGACUGAACAUGAGGCUUGAAGGAGAGGUCGGAGUCAAAGAGAACACGUAGGCAGCGAGCCUGCGUGGUGGAGCUGAUGGUAGCACCGUUGACUUAGAGGGAGACACACAGGAGUAAAAACACUUGAGGGAGGAAAGACCAGGAUUUCAGUUUUGGUCAAGUUUAGUUUAAGGAAGUGGGCAGCCAUCCAGUUAGAAAUAGUAGAAAUGCAGUCCGAGACACUAGUCAAGAGGGACGGAGAGAGAUCAGGAGAGGACAGGUAGAUUAGCGUGUCAUCUGCAUAUAAAUGAUAUUGGAAGCCAAAGGAGCUAAUGAGUUUAUCAAGGGAGGCAGUAUAGAUGGAGAACAGUAGGGGACCAAGGACUGCUUUCAGUUGAUGAAUACUAGGUUAAAAUCUGGCAAUUCUCAAUUUGGGGUAGAGUGAAAGCAAACAUGGCAUAUUGAAUUUAGUGAGUCUGUUGUCUAAAUAUAUGGUUUGGUGUAUAAACCACUGUUCUUGCAUUAUUCUAGAGAAAUCCAAAAAGUCUGAUAUUUGCAAGAAAUAAUUUGUUAUUGAAUAUCCAUAGAAUUGACUUGUCUAUCAGUUAUUUUCUAAAGUAAGCAUUGAAGGUGAAUUCAAAGUGAAUUUCACAUUUAAAAGGUAACUAUAUAUUUACCAGAACAACUACAGCUCAAUGUAGUUGUUUUGGGGAGUAUAGCAUGUCCCUAAAUACUUGUUAAUGUAAACACUGCCUUUUCAGGUCGUUUCCAUCUCAAAAACAUUCAUGGAAAAAGCAGUGUUUACAUUACUGCCUAGGGACACCUCUGGUGCCAGUCACUCAGACGGCACUAAACGUGCAUCCUGAGUCAGUGCUGCACUGACAUUCAGUGUAUCCACACUCUACAUGAAUUCCAUGCUUCUCUAUGAGGAGAAUCUGAUUGGCAAAGAGAGUGUAGUUGACUUAGAGAUUUUUUCCAGUUCAUAUUAUCUCUGCUUUGUAAAGAACCUGUGUAAACUCAAGGUUUAAGAAUUCUUAUUGCUGAUGUAUGAUUGUAGGAUUCCUUUAAUGACUAAUGUUUAAAAAGUCUUAUUUUUUGCUGUCUGAAGACUUUAACAAGCGUUAUCUUUAAUUUCCAGCAAAGCAUAUACUCAAGAACAGCUGAACUACUUCAAAAGUGGAACCUAUUUAAUUCAGAAAAGAAAAAAGAUGAGAAGAUUCAUUUGUUGGUAAGUUUCCGCUCAACACAUCUGCCAAGGACAAAGGUCUGAUAGCAAAUAACCAUGUAGAAUUGCAAUUUUUAGUACUGGGCAGCCUCAUUUUAAAGUUUUCCAAUUAAGCAAAAAUUCUAUCUUGAUUAUUUUUAGUAAAUAACCCUAAAAGUGUUUUAUAGCCCUUUUAUUGCUGGUUUACUUAACACAUCAUUAUACCAGUUUUAUACUGAAGAUUUAUGUCCACCAUCUAUUUUUCCUACAUUAAUUUAACAUUUCCCGUUUGAAAACCCUUAAAUUGGUUUCAUUCAGACUGUUGGAUAGAAAGCGGUCAGUGGACAACUGCUGGCUAAAUGAGAGAAAUGUGUCUGCAUUGUGUUUGUGUACAGGAUCUCAAUUUGAUUGUAAAGUGUCUGCAUAUCCAUUCCUAUUACAAGUGCCACUGAGAAACUAUAAAUAAUGGAAAAUACUUCAGGGAUGAGAAUCUGGAACUUGAUCUUUCCUGUCCUCCAAUCUCUAGCUCAUCGUUGGAAAAGUGUAGAGAUUUAGUAGAAAGUCAGAACUGUUGAUUAGAUCUCAAAUUGUUUAUCUGUAUGUAUGCAAACAAAGCAAUGUGCAAGAGACUACUGAGAACUGAUCAGCUCAAGUAGCUUGCUCUUUGGUGGGUCCCUGUUCAGAUCUCAAGUUGGUUAUAGCUUAUCUUCAGCUAUUACGAAGAGAACCUAGGCCAUUUGCGAUUGUCAUGGGUUGCUGUCUCUCAUUCAGUGAGAGCCAGCCUACAUGUCCGUUCUGGACUGUACUUUUGGGUGGAAACAGUCUGAUAUGCAAAUAGUUUAAGGUUCUCUUUGUAAUGGCACAAGAUAAGCUUAAACCAGCUUGAGAUCUCAGCAGGGACCCAUUGAAGGGCAAGCUGCUUGAGCUGUUGUCAGUUCUCAAUUUUCUCUUGCAUCCCAUUUUUUUAUUUUUUUUUAUUUUUUUGCUAUCUGUAUGAAUGCCACCAUUCACAGCCUUAAGCCAACUAUUACUUUGGCAGUAACAUCCCAGGAUUUGAUUAGGGAGGUCCUUCAUCCCUGACAUAGAAAGAGACCGUUUAACUCGGUGGCAAAGCUUUGGGUUUGCAGGAUGCAGAUGACUGUGGCUACUGUUCCUGAGUCUGUGCAUUCCUGGUUCAGCUCUGCCUUAGAAAUCUUCCUGGCCGAGGAUAAGACGGUCUGAAUAUCUGUAAAGUAAAUAUGUGUACUGCGCUCUUGGAUUCUCUCAUGCUUCGUACCCACUGAGUAACCAACAUUUACAUGUGAGCUACAAAUAUUAAGGUCCAUUUACAUGUGACCCAUUUGGUGCCACGCGCCCUUUUUCUCACUUUGGUUGAGUAGACCAUAGAAAGGGUUUUUACUUGAUACCCAGGAGUUAAAGAAUGGUUUAAUGUACAGUGAACAUUAAUGAACACACAGAAAAAUAUGGGUAAUUUCCUAACACUUGUCUACUUAAAGGAACACUAUUGGGUCAGGAACACAAACAUGUAUUUCUAACCCAAUAGUGUUAAAACCACCAUCUUGCCCCCCUUAAUAUAGCAAAAGCUUACAUUUACUCCAGUCUGCUGCUGCUGACUCUGUUUCUGGUCUGUCUGCAUGGCUGACCUAAUCAGAAGUAGUGUUCUGAGCCAAUCACAAUGCUUUCACAUAGGAGAAAAUUAGAUUGGUUGAGACUGUCAAGGAGGCAGAUCAGGGGCAGAGCCAGCACAAGCGCAAAACAGCCCUGGCCGUUCAGCAUCUCCUCAUAGAGCUGCAUUGAAUCAAUUCAGAUGGUAGAGACACCCAGGAUGCACCUCUAGCAGCCAUCUGAGGAGUGGCUAGUGGAGGUAUCCCUAGGCUGUAAUGCAAACACUGGCUUUUCUCUGGGGAAAAAAGUGUUUACUGCAAAAAGGGAAUGAUUAUAUUCACUAGAACAAAUACAAUACACUGGAGUAGUUCUGGUGACUAUAGUAUCCCUUUAACUCAUACAUAUAUAAAAUCUAUAUACUUCACAGGCAUUUGACAGAUCACUUUGGACAGCUUCCCAAAUCCUUGGGAGUAUCUUAUGUCUGUAAAAACCGCAGCUAUUUGUUUAGCUCAUCCUUUUAGUAGGAAUGAGAUGUUAAUGAUGGUUCAGCCCCUUUCUCUCUUUUUUUUAAAUUUUAAAAAUGAAUUACUUUGUGUAGGUGGCACAAAUGCUUUAAGAUGAUUUAAAACUGACAAAGUCCGGUGCUUGGUUAAAAUUGCUUGACUUUCAAAUUCCCUUCUUGUAAGAAAGAGAAGAAACCCUGUAAAUGUAUUCUAAUGAUUACACAUUGUCACUUGGUUUAAAGCCCACUUACUCUAACUGUGACAUUCUGUGUGCAUGCGUUUUGGCUUGCAAGCCACAAUUAAGAAAUAGUCCAGGGAAUACAUACAAGGACUCGGUCCAAGAAAUCAAAACAAUUUAACCCCUUAAGGACCGAGGACGGUUCAGGACCGUCAUCGGCAUUUUUGCCUUGAGGACCGAUGACGGUCCUGAACCGUCCAAACGGUCUGGGGCUACUUACCUGAUCGCCGUCGUUCCCCCGGCGGCGAUCAGUGUUCCUCCGGUUGUGGGGAGACUGUCUGCAGCCCAGACAGUCUCCCCACGGCAGAUUAGGACCCCCUGUGGCCAUGUGAUUGCUUAACACAGCGAUCACAUGGUCACAAUAGGUGUCCAUAGUGCUGCCUGCAGGGGGACUGUCUGUGCUGACAGGCAGUCUCCCUGCAACUGUAAAAUCAGAAAAAAAAUUAAAGUUAAUGGUAAUAAAAAAAUAAUAAUAAUUAUAUAUGUAUAAAUAUGAUAUAUAGACAUAUAUUAUAUCUAUAUAAUAUAUGUCUAUAUAUCAUAUAUAUAAUGCCAUACUAAGUGUAUUUUUAUAUUAAUAUGUACUUAUAUUAAUAUAAAAAUACACUUAUAAUUAAAUUACACACGUAUAUAUAUAAUAUAUAUAAUAACUAUAUAUUGUAUAUAUAUUAUAAAAUAUAAAUAAUAAGUAAUUUAAAUUAAAUACAUUUUUUUUUAAAUAAUAAUAAAAAAAUUUAAAAAAAUUAUAUAGCUAUAUGAAAUUUUAUUCUAACUGUAUUUUUAAAUUAAUAUAUAUAUAUAUUUAUAUCAAAAUACACUUAGAAUGAAUUUGUAUAUAUAUCUAUGUAUAUAAAAAUAAAUAAAAAUAAUAAGAAAUAUACAUACGUCCAUAUACAAAAUUACAUAAAUAAUUAUAUAAAUAUAUACGUAGACUUCAAAUAUAUAAAUAUGCAUAUAUAUUUAAAUUCUACGUGCGUAUUUAUGUAAUAUUUUUACAUAAUUCAGUAAUUUUAUUGAUUGCAAUUUGAGGGACCUGCCUGCCAACCCAGGCCGAAAUUCCAGAGAAUUUAAUUGGCUAGCACUGUAUUUUACCCUGUAACGUUCUACGACACCCUAAAACCUGUACAUGGGGGGUACUGUUUUACUCGGGAGACUUAGCUGAACACAAAUAUUAGUGAUUCACAACAGUAAAACAUAUCACAGCGAUGAUAUUGUCAGUGAAAGUUACUUUUUUUGCAUUUUUCACACACAAACAGCACUUUUACUGAUGAUAUAAUUGUUGUGAUACGUUUUCCAGUUUUUUAAACACUAAUAUUUGUGUUCAGCGAUGUCUCCCGAGUAAAACAGUACCCCCCAUGUACAGGUUUUAUAGCAUUUUUGAAAGUUACAAGGUCAAAUAUAUGGGUCAAAUAUUUUACAUUGAAAAUGGCCAGGUUGGUUACGUUGCCUUUGAGAGCGUAUGGUAGCCCAGGAAUGAGAAUUACCCCCAUGAUGGCAUACCAUUUGCAAAAGAAGACAACCCAAGGUAUUGCAAAUGGGGUAUGUCCAGUCUUUUUAGUAACCACUUGGUCACAAACACUGGCCAAAAUUAGCGUUCAAUUUAGUUUUUUUACUUUUUUCACACACAAACAAAUAUGAAUGCUUACUUUGGCCAGUGUUUUCGACUAAGUGGCUACUAAAAAAGACUGGACAUACCCCAUAUUGAAUACCCUGGGUUGUCUACUUUUAAAAAAAUAUGUACAUGUGGGGUGUUAUUCAGAGAUUUAUGACAGAUAAUAGUGUUACAAUGUCACUAUUGAUAAAUUUUAAAAUGUAUGUUUUGAAACCGCAAUAUCCUACUUGUACCUAUAGCCCUAUAACAUGCAAAAAAAAGCAAAAAAGCACGUAAACACUAGGUAUUUUUAAACUCAGGACAAAAUUUUGAAUCUAUUUAGCAGUUCUUUUCAUUCGCUUUUGUAGAUGAGUAAAAGAUUUUUCAAGUAAAAGUCAAAAACAUGUAUUUUUUUCAAUUUUUCAUCAGAUUUUUGUAUUUUUUUUAAAAUUAAAAUACAUGAGAUUAUAUAAAUAAUGGUAUGUAAAGAAAGCCCAUUUUGUCCUGAAAAAACAAUAUAUAAUUUGUAUGGGAACAGUAAAUGAGAAAGCGGAAAAUUACAGCCAAACACAAACACCACAAAAGUGUAAAAAUAUUCCUGGUCGCAAAUGUACAACAUCGCAAAAACAGUCCAGUCCUUAAGGGGUUAAUGCUAAUUAAACCAGCUGCUGGUUAAAUUAUAAUAUUGGCAGAGGCAGACUUGAUGAUACAGUGAGUGAUCUGUCCCUAUAGUAUCUGAGACUAGUUUUCUAGAUCACACUGACCUUUCCAAGGCACUGUUUUUAGUGAUAAAUCUGUUUUGCAUACUAGGUACAACAGAUAAACAGGUUAAUCUAGCCUGUCUAUUGCACAGCAGGGGUUUAUGGGAUUCGUUCAGCAGGCAUGGUGAAGGCAGAAGUGGCUAUAUAGAUCUGUGCAGCAGAGCUUGCAUUGGUCCUCUAGAUUCUUCUAAUCCAUAAAUAAAUGUGAAUUAGAUGCACCCUCCCUAGUAAAGGGUGACACCGCCGGUGUUUCCUAAUUUCUCUGUCCCAUCCUCCCGGGAGAGAGUGACAUCACUUGCUAUGGUGCAAGUGAUUUUUGCUACUUCUAAAAGAAAACUAUGUAUCAUUAUGUAUGAAAAGAAGAUUUAUUGCACUGUUUUACCAGAUGCAUCCGUGAACCGUAGGUGCCUGGAGUGUCCCAGUUAAUCUGAAGAAGAUUAUCAUAUCACUGUUUUUAUUAGGAUGCAAGUAAAACACAGGAAAAAUGAAGAACACUUUGUAAAACGUGUAAUAUGAUUAAAAAAUCAAAUAGAGAUGACAAUCCGUAAGGAUACCAAGCAAUGCUCAUCCAAGUAUUAGGUUUGUGACCUCAGGGUCCCACUCCCGCCGAGAGGAAGGGGGUUAAACACUCUCCUUUCUCCAACGCCGGGCUGUGCCGCGCGCACAUUCAGCCAGUCCAUAGGAAAGCAUUUUCAAUGUUUUCCUAUGGACGCUGGCAUCUUCUCACUGUGAAAAUCACAGUGAGAAGCGCGGAAGCGCCUCUAGCAGCUGUCAAUGAGACAGCCACUAGAGGCUGGAUUAACCCAUUUGUCUGAAACUGCUAUGUUUACAGCAGGCAGGGUUAAUCCUAGAUGGACCUGGUACCCAGGCCACUUCAUUGAGCUGAAGUGCUCUGGGUGCCUAUAGUGGCCCUUUAAGCUUUAGGAUUCGAUUUAGAGAUCAGAGUUUGAUUAGAAGGUAUGGUGAGAGAUUUUGUAAUAACAUUUUGGAUUUAUGGGCAAUUUUUAGAGUUUGGUAUUAGGGUUACAAAAUAUAUUUUUUUGUAUGUUGUCUUACUAUGUAUUUGUUAGGGCUUGAGGUUUUGGUUUACGUUUGGCGUGAGGCGACAUUGUCCUGCAUUAAAUAUGCCGCUUCAAUGUUAAACAGACCUUUUAAUUUAUUUUUUAUUUAAGAAGAGGAGAUGAACAUAUUGGGUGCUGGGGUUACAUAACCUAGCACCACGUCUAUUUACUUUAUUAAAGUGAUUAGAUGCAUUUAUAAUUGUUUCUCCUGAUUAUUUGAAUGUAUUUAUUUUGUACAUAACCCUACAGAAGGGGUGUUGUUUUAUGGAACAUACUAUCUAUAAGUGGCAGUAUAUAUUCUUAUGACUUAUAGGGUUUAUUUUCUAAACUGUGAAUUGAAAACUUUUUUUCUCACAAAAUAGCUAGAAUAUUGCUUUUUUUUCUUCAAAUAUUUUUAUCUUAAAUUUUUUCACCCAUUAUAAUGUCCUCAUAGUUCACUGCUUAGUAAAUACACCCGGAUUGGAAGGGGUUACAGUAUGAGCCUUUAGCGUUAUAUGCCAGUUCCCUGAACAAGCAUCGUCCUCACUUCCGGUAAACAUUUCCAUGUGUGGUUAGGAAUGUUUCCCAGCAGUGCAGUGGCAUAUUUGUAUUUAACUAUUAAAUACUCACUUUUCUGCAUAGUAUAUUGAAUAUACAUAUUGUGUGUGUGUGUGUAUAGAAUUUGCUUUUUAAAUUGGUAUGUCCACAUUAGAGAGAAAACAAAACAUACACAUACAUUGUAGUACCACUGCUUUGUCAGUCUUUUUGUGUGUGUGUGUGUGUGUGUGUGUGUGUGUGUGUGUCUCAGUCUUUCUAAGUGUGUGCGUGCGUUUUAUAUUUUUGUUGGGGAGGGGGGUUUAUGCUUCUUUUUAUUUGAAGGUUUUGUGAAACGUGUUCCAGGCAAUAUGUCCAGCAUGUUAAGUGUUUUUUCUUAAAAUACACACAUUGUUUUUUUUUUGUUUUGUUUUUUUGAUGAAGUGCACUUUUAAUGCUGAUUUUUACUAGAUGUUGGCAUUUAACACAGUGUCAGCAAUUUUUUUAUUUAUUUUUUUGCGCAUGCAAUUUAAAUUCAUUUACAUAUGGGCCCUGGGCAGGGUGGAUUUGAUUUAAAUCACUGGUCAGUAAGGCUUGAUUUUAAGCAUUGAUUUUAAAUGUGAAGACUAAUUUUUGUUGAUUGUUAAAAAUGUAAUAUUUGCAACCAAAUGAAGAUUUCUUAUUUAGCAUAACUUUUCAGAUUAGUUUAACUGUUAUAGCAGAACUGAUUUUGUUAUAAACCAUUAAACAGUAAAAACCAAAAAAAAGUUACCUGCGCUAGCUCCUUAAUCUCUAUGUAUAUUUAAACAAAUGGAGGUCAUUUAGUUACUCCAAUGGCCACUGGAGGGAAUGCCAGCCUGCCAACAUCAAGGCAGACCCCCCUAGAUGGGUCCUACUCUGACCCUUCAACCUGCUUCCUUGAGCUUCUGGCAAAGUUAUUUCUAAUGACCUCCAUUUGUUUAAAUAUACAUAGGAUAGGUAGUAGGGAAUACAAACUGUCAUUAUUUGCGGACGACAUACUCCUCACCCUAGAACAACCGCAUAUCUCCCUACCCAACUUCCACAAAAUCCUUUCCAAAUUCAGCGCAUGCUCCUACUAUAAACUGAACAUCUCAAAAACCCUAGCUAUGGGUAUCAAUGUCACGACUCAGGAAAUGACCACCCUCAAAGCCAGUUUCUCUUACGACUGGAGACAAGACCACCUCAAGUUUCUAGGGAUCCUACUCACCCCCUCCACAACCUUGUUGUAUAAAGCAAACUAUGCAAAACUAACCACAGAAAUCAAGAACCUACUACUAAGCUGGAAAGGCAAAUAUAUAUCUUGGCCCGGCCGGAUAGCCUCUAUUAAAAUGGUGAUCCUACCGAAGAUCCAAUACCUGUUCCGCACACUUCCGCUCAAGAUCUCGAACAAGUACUUGGAAGAUCUACAACGCAUCCUGAAUGACUUUGUAUGGGACUACAAAAAACCUAGGGUGCCCCUCAGCACGAUGUUCAAACCACACGCCAAGGGAGGAAUGGGACUACCAGACAUUAAAAAAUACUACAGAGCAGCACAGAUAGCUCCACUCCUCGCGGCUUCAAACCAUACAACCCCUUUACCUUGGGUCGAACUGGAAGCAUCUAGAACUGAUGGGUUCACACUUCCCACACUAGCCUGGCUACCAGCAAACCGACGCCCCUGCAAGUUAGCAAUGCUUCCAACAACAGCCACGACCCUUUCAAUAUGGGACAAUUACCGCAGGAAGAGAGGGAACAUAUCGCCUCUCGCACCAGCAACCCCAAUAGAAGCAGUACGACAACAUAUCCCAAACUUCAACCACAAACUCUGGCUCCGACACGGUAUUCUCACACUGUCGCAAGUACUACAGGGCGACAGCCUCAAACCAUUCCCUGACAUCUGCCGAGAGUUCAGAAUGCCUAUGAUCGCAAACUUCUCCUACAAUCAACUACAAUCUUGGACAAACCUCCACAAACCGAGAGGACACAAGAGCCCACCGGAUCCACACUGGCUUAAAGUAACAGAAAUAUGUACAAAGAAAAACCGGCAACAAAACUAAUUUCAUUGAUCUAUACCUCAGAACACAUAGACACUCAAGCAAAGCCCACACCAUUCCAAGAAGCAUGGGAACGAGAUCUAGGAUACAAACUCACAGAUGAGAAAUGGCUGGAUAUCUUCCAAGCGAACAAAAAAAUGACCCUCUGCAUGUCACACAUGGAACUCUCACGCAAACUUCUCUACCGAUGGUAUCUAGUCCCCACGAAAAUAAAACAUUGCUAUCCCACAGCAUCCGACACAUGCUGGCGUUGCCAAAGAGACCGAGGAACCUUCCUACACAUAUGGUGGCAAUGCCCACUCCUACAACAGUACUGGACACAGGUCCUAGAUUUAACGAAACAAUGCACCCAGACACACAUCCCCCAGACACCGGAGCUAUUCCUAUUGCUCCUGCUCCCCCAAACACCCCAAAUCCACACCAAAUAUCUGCUAUACCACAUCUGUAUAGCAGCCCUCACUGUCAUAAGCAGGAAAUGGAAACAAACAACCGCCCCAACGAUCCACCAAUGCAUUGAGGCGGUGGAAACGAACAAGGCUUAUGAAAAUGCAGCACGGAAAUCCAGACGGAGCGAACCCUUCUGGACCAAGGCAUGGGUCCUAUGGGACAAAACCAAACCAAGCUGACCCACAAGACAUCCACAGCCAUGCGACCAAGACAACACACCUCCCCGACUGAAGGAACACGUAACUCCCACACCCUGACUGGCUGGCCCACACACAUACCCACUGAGACACACAUCAGUAUGCACACCAACACACCCCCACCAAUCACACACCGACACAACACGUUCCACACGCACACACCCUACCCCCCUCCCCCCCCCCCCCGACCCAACCUGCCCCCACCACCCCGCACCCUACGGAACCACCACUGAGCGACAAGAAUUUGAAUAUGAGACAAGGUCACUUGGACCAGGAAGUGGUGGCACGUGACCCUGAAUUUACGCUGAUGUAUAAUCACUAUGGAACCAUACAAAUCUUGGGCACAACAGGUCAACUAACUUAUGUAAUAAACUACUCGACACUGAAAUGUCUUGUGUAUGCAUUGCACCCCAUGCCACCCCACUGUAUCCAUGAUACUCUCAAGACGAACUGCAUGACUCCCCCCCCUUUUUUUGCCUUUUGUAUCCCCCAUGCCUCUUUAAUGCAAAAUAAAAAUGGUCAAAUCAAAAAAAAAAAUACACCUACCAUUAAAAAAAAAAUAAAAAAAAUAUAUAUAUACAAAGGGAUUAAGGCGCACAGGUAACUUUUUUUUUUUUUCAUUUGGUUUUUACUAUAUGUAUUGGAGCUGAUGUGUACUGUGGUCGUUGCUGCCGCCCAGGAAUGAUGAAGUGAGCGCAGGACUUUUCUUUUUGUAUUUGUAUUUUGUAUCACACAGCUAGGUUACAAUGCUGCCGCCCAUCCCAUGUGUUUCCUAUUAAGGGUUAAUAAGUAUAUAGGGGUGUGUAUAAAAAAAUACCCCUUUCUGUCUCACUAGAUAUACCUUUGCCAGAAGCUCGAGGAAGCAGGUUGAAGGGUCAGAGUAGGACCCAUCUAGGGGGGUCUGCCUUGAUGUUGGCAGGCAGGCAUUCCCUCCUGUGGCCAUUGGAGUAACUAAAUGACCUCCAUUUGUUUAAAUAUACAUAGGGAUUAAGGAGAGCGCGCAGGUAACUUUUUUCUUUGGUUUUUACUAUAUGUAUUGGAGCUGAUGUGUACUGUGGUCGUUGCUGCCGCCCAGGAGUGAUGGGAGUGAGCACAGGACUUUUCAUUCUGUAUUAGAUAUGCAGUGAUAAGGAAGGAAUCAUCGCAAGGGGCACGAUAUCUAGUUUGGCAAGUUAAUCACUCAUAUUUGGAGAACAAUUUUUAAAAGUAAAUUUUUUGCUAAAAUAUCUUACAGCAUAUAUAUGUUUGUGGUUAAAUAUCAAUGUUUGUUAACUGAAAUGGCUAAACAAAACAAAACCUCAAAAAAAAAAAAAAAAAAUGAAAGAAUAUGAACUGCAAUAGUGUGCCCUCUUACCUGGGUGGCCUCCUGAGCGCCAAGACUUCUUUGCUGGGUGACGCACAUUCGGCUUCUGCAGAAGGCAGGUGGGGAUUCCACCGGUCAUUCAUUGGCUGAAAGCAUCAGCUGAGUGCUCUCGGCCAAUAAAUGUCCCUCUGUGCAAAGAAUAUGCAUCUGACAUUAGCCAGCCUGGGUCUCUUGUUCAGGGCUGGCUACUGAUGUACUAGUGACCCUGCUGGAGGUGGAAUUACACCUGACAGCAUUUUAAAAUAUAUCUGUGUGCAGAAUUCCAUAUUGAAAAGCUGGUAGGCUAAUUCUGGCUUCAAUAGGCAAAUGAGCAUCUAGUAAUACAAAGUGGACACCAAAAUAGUAAACUCUUGGUCAGUUAGACUAGGCUAUUAGAAAUACACAGUGUGCACGCACACUAGUGAGAAGGCUAGCUGCCUGCGCUACACCACAGUAAAAUAGCAAAGAUAAUCAGCGAGGUGUUAAUAGGCAUGUGCGUAUCUGGUAGUGGACAACACCCUGGUUACAAGGUUAGUCAGCACUGUAGUAAAACUGUCAAGUUACAGAUAGUCAGCCAAUGCACUAAGAAGGUAAGGGUACACAAGAACGUGCAGACAGGCUUGAAGGGGCUUUAAAGAGAUGCCAUAGGCAGACUAGCUUUGUGUAAUGGGUUUGGAUUGCUAAGCAUGGGGCCUAUAGCUUGUAAUGGUCAUGUACUCCGUUGGGGCCAUGAUGAGUGUCUCAAUACCCCUGUAGUCAAGCCGUGGGCCUGUUGUGAGGAUCCUUCUCUGUGGGGACAGUAGGGUGGAAAAAUAUUUAAACCUGGUGAUCGUCAUGAAGUAAGCUGUUACGACCAGUAACUCUAAAGUGGGUCAAGUGUGCACUCUAGGGGUACCGAACUGGGUCUGAACCACUUAACUAAAAGGAGCACAAUAGAAUGCAUUAGAAAACCGUGUGUGACCUAUAGUCCGCAUUACGGCUGCUGCGUCUUGGAUCAGGUGUGAGUCAGUUCCAUGUUGGAUGAUGAGCAUUCAGGAAAAGUCAGGGGUAGCAUAUGUUGUGUUGUUAAAGCAUGGAGCUGAGUAGUCGGAGCGACCUGCGCCACGCUAGAGUACCACUUGACAGGUUGGCAAAGAAUGUCAGCGCCAUGGUCUCAAAUUGGAGAGGUGUUUUUCCCUGUAGGGCUGUGAGGACCGCUGCUUUAUCUUUCCCAUUGCAGAAGGUGACUAUAAUGUCCCUUAUGGCUGUGGCUGCUGCCCUGGCAGGUUUGGGGACCCUAAAGAGGUCUUCAGGGUUAAUAGCUUUGGCCUGCCUGAGCGGCAGUAUUACCGUCAACAGGCGCCUCAUUACGUGCGGCAGUUCGGCCUCUUGCGUUUCCUCUGGGAUCCCUCUAACCUUUUCUCCGCCUGGUGUCCUCUUGAGCCACGAAGCGGCGUUCAUGCAUCUGGUGCUGCUGUUGCAGGUCAUGCAUGGCCUGUUGGAGCGUGGUAAUGCUCUGAAUGUUAGCUUGGGAGGAUCCCUCCAGCGUGCUAAUUUGGCUUGUCAGGCGUUGUAAGUCGCCUUGGAGCUCUGUUACAUCCGUUAAGAUGUUUUUUUGAAGGUCUGCCAAUAAUGCUUUUAAGACCGCGGUGGUUACCAGUGAGGAGUCUGCUCUUGCCUUACUGUGUCUUGCCAUCUGCUCUGGACCAGGUGAGAAUUCUUCUUCUUCUUCGUUAUUGCCAGAGAAUUCAUGGUAUGAGUCGGAGCAGCUGCCGUGGAGAGCCGGCAUAUUUGGCCCGCAACGCCGCGUGCUUGCCUCCACAUGUCGCUGAUCGUCAGCCCCAAGGUAGGCUUAUCCGGUACCGCUUUUUUUAGUUUUGCGUACCAUGUGGCUAGAGAGGUCCCCACUAUUAUUACUGGAGGUGUAAUGGUACAAUUUAACUGUUGAUUUCUGGCAGGAACGACACAGGGAUCCAAUUUGCAGAAAAGAACGUUUACCGGCCUUAGAAUGGCCGGACUAACGCAGGAAAGGACAGAGUAUAGUCUGGGACUAGCCGAGGUCGAGGGAGCCAGAAAACAGGUAAUCGAAUAUAUAAGCCAAGCCAAAUCAAAGGGAAGGAGAACACAGAAUAGUCCAAAUCAGAGCAAAGUCAAAUACCAAUAAACCAACCAACCAAACCAGAGUAUGCACUAUAGGAAUAAUAAAGCUAGAACUACAACAGGGCAAUGAUUCAUUGCAAAUGAGACCUCUUUAAGUGAUGGCCACACCCCCAAAACAUCCGAAUUCAAACGUUUUGGCGGGCUGUGAAGUCAUGAUGUUGGUGCACGUGCGCCAAGUCAUAAAAAGGGGGGGAGCUAUCACGGCCCACGUCUGAUUGGCCGAGAUGAGAGGAGGGAAUAUAAGGAGUGUCCCCAUCAUGUUGGAGAAGACCCACAGGCUGGAUCCCUGCCUGGGCAGCAACCACAGGUACUCUGACAAUUUCACCAUGUGAAGCUCGGAGCUACAGGCUAAUGCGACCGCUCGCUUCAGUGGUCAAAAAAUUGUAUUUUAAAAUCUGGCUCCUAACUUUUUUUUAGCUGGCUCCUAGAUUCGAAGCAAAUUUGUCAAGUUCCUUUAAGGUAAAGUGAUCUUUGUGUGUACAUAGAUGCCGAAUAAAAAUGGGAUUAAGGUCUCUUUCUGAACUUCGUAUGUUUAUUUUAUAACAUUUAUUAUUAGGAAAAAGUGCACAUCUCUGGAGUUAAAGGGACACUAUAGUCCCCCAGACCACUUCAGCUCAAUUAAGUGGUCUGGGUGCCAGGUCCCUCUAGGGUUAACCCUGCCCACUGUAUGUUUACAUUUGGGGUUAAGCCAGCCUCCAUCAGCCAGCCUUUGGGGUUAAGCCAUAUUAUGCCUCCAUCACGCAGGGCGUCCAUAGGAAAGCAUUGAAAAAGGCUUUCCUGUGGACACUUUGAAUGCGCGCGCGGCACUGCCGCGCAUGCGCAUUCCGCUCCGCUGACGUCAGACGGGGGAGCUGUCGGCGGGGGAGGAGAGCUAAGGGAGCCCGACGGUGGAAGAAGGUGAGUAACUGAAGGGGUUUUAACCCCUUCAGCACCACAGGAGGGGGACCCUGAGGGUGGGGGCACCCUGAGAGUACUAUACUAUAGUGAUCCUUUUAAUUUACCAAAAAUUUAAAUAUUCCAUGAAAAUACAACCUUAUUCUACAUAAUGAAUGCAUAUUUCAUGCUGAAUAACCUUUGAACUAUAAUGUAUUUUAAAGGGACACUAGCUUUAGCUUAAUGAAGCAGUUUUGUUGUAUAGAUCAGGCCGUUGCAGCCUCACUGCUCAGCUCUCUGCCAUUUGGAAGUUAAAUCUUUGUUUAUACAGCUCUUCUCAUACUUCCAUGCAUGUUACUUACACAGCCUCCCUAAACAGUUCCUGUAAACGGAGAUCUAAUGUUUACACUUUCUUUAUUGCCCAUUAUGUUUAAUUUUAAAAUUUCUUAUCGUCUGCUCUGUAGCCUUCUAGACACUGCAUGAGUGUCCUGUGUGUGAUUAAAUUUCAAUUUACAGAGCAGGAGAUUGAAACUUCUUUUCUUUCUUUUUUUUGUAAAUUCUUUAUUUUGUCGUUCAGGUGAGUACAAAACACAUACAUACACCACAACAGCGUACAUGUGCAUAGAAACAAGUUGAAUAAUGGUACAAAUAAUGAGCAAUAGUGUCUUUCGAUCACGUGACAUUCGUCAAGUGUCAUAACAGCGGUCAUUAAGAUGUAGACAGGUUUAACAAUUGUAGGUGAGUGCGUACUUCUGAAGCCGAAGCAAAUUCAAUAAUGACGGCUGAGUAGGAACGAGAGGUUAUAUCCUUACCAUACUAUAAAGUUCUGCUGUAGAAUUAAGCUUACUGGUCUGAUGCAAAAAACAAGGUAGUAGCUUCAAUACCAAAAAUAUGUGACACGUAGAGCAGAAAAGCAUUUGCGUCAAUAAUUAGAGACACUUGACACAUAGGCUAUUAAGCUUAGUAUAGGGAAUUAUUCGCUUAACUAAUUCUAUUGUUAUGGAAUCAAUAAUUCGGGUUCCAAUUACUUACAUGUCACUGUUGAGAAAGCGAUUCCCCAAAUCUUAGUUUUAACCUGGGAUCUCCUAUAGAAAGUAGCCCCAAAGGUAAAUUGUGUAAUAAAUGUUAGCUUGACUGUUUCGGUUUGUUUGUAUAUCCCUCUGGUCAGGUGUAUGUUAUGUCUGCGUCCAGUCGCCCUAAUCUGUCAUUGGGCAGAUGUUUAGUUCCUAUCUUCCCGUCAGUUAAUUGUGUCUUACUUUGGGAGCUAGUUCUCUAUGUGUCUGGUCCCAUUCUACCUCCAUCAGUCAGCUGUUAUUUAAGUCGAUGACUCGUAUCUACGGAACUUGCUUCGUGUUAUGGCUAUAUAUUGUGUAACGGCUCGCUCGGGUCCUCCCGGCUCCGGCCUCCUCGGGCGCAGGUCAAGCCGCUUCUGCGAAGACCCUCAGAAAAGUUACGUGGAUUUGAUUAGAUGCAGUGGGUAAAAGGAGGGGAGAGGGGGAAUUUGAAGGACAACAUGUGUCGGGGUGCGCCGGGCACCCUCAAACCCCAGGUGUUAUGGUGUGUGCUAUGUCUCCCUAGUUCCGGGACGUGAAAGGUAGACAUACCAUGGGGUCCAGAUGUCGACGUGUUUGGCGCUUCUCCCUAGUAGUUCUGUGUACCGCGCCUCAGCUGUGUGUAUUUCCUCAACUCUCUGUAGCCACUCUGUAACGGUCGGUGGUUGGGUCUGUUUCCAUUUGACUGGUAUAGAUGCUUUCGCUGCGUUAAGCAGGUGCCUUAAUAUCGAUCGCUUGUAUUGGGCUAUCAAGCCUUCCGUGUAAUGCAGUAGGGCCAUUUCUAUGCUAAAGUCCGGCAAGUCUCCCAGGAUUGUCGUCAUUUCCCUUUGUAUGUCCUCCCAAUAUGGCUUAAUCAGCGCGCAGUCCCACCAGAUGUGCCGUAGGGUGCCUGUUUGGGAUUCACACCUCCAGCAUGUAUCUGUGGUUCCCCUGAAUAUUCUGUGUAGUAGAGAUGGGGUCCUGUACCAUUGAGAGAUUGAGAUUGAAACUUCUAAAGUGAGUGUACAUCUGAUUGAAAGAUUAAACCAUUUUUUUUUUUUUUUUUUCAAUGCAGGCUGUGCAAGCCACAGCCAGAGGAGGUGUGGCUAUGGUUGCAUAAACAGAAACAAAAGUGAUUUGACUCCUUGUCAGGUGUUCUAUCUGGUCAUUAGUACAUAAUUAUAGCAUCACAGCCACUGACAAAAGCACACAUCACCAAGCAAAUCUAUAGUUCAUCAUACUGUUUUACAGCCCAUGUGCUAUUGAUGUAUAAAUGCCAAUGUAAUAAAUAUCAGCACGUGACCUCAUAUAUUACAGUAUGGAACAUUAUAUUUCGCUUGGUUCUGGGAGCCAUGAAUUACUUGCUACAUGACACUUAUCUAGAAAUUAAAUGUAUAAGUGCUGUUUUUUCAUUUUGUUUUGGCAAGUUAUAAACACAUCUUUCAUGAAUACAUCAAUAGUUUUUCAUGCGUCUCCCACAAGCCAAUGAUGCAUACUUUUUAGGGAGUGAGGUGAGAAAUGGCAAGAUAACGUAAUUUGGACAGUAAAACUUUUUACCUAAGGGGUUAAGAGCCAUCUGUUUCUUUUCUCCACCCUUGUAGGAUGUCGGAUUCCGACUGGAUAGCCUUCGCACAAUCCUGCAGCAGGAAGUCCUGAUACAGGAGGAUGUGGAGCUGAUUGAGCUGCUUGACCCGACGAUCCUGUCUGCUGGCCAGACCCAGAAUCAACAAAAUGGACACCUUCCUACCCUGCGCUCCAUUGCAACGCCUAGUAUUUGGUACGGUGCAGCAAAGCUUCUUUUAAUACAGGUCCUGAAAUAAAACCCUUUCUGGAUUGGUGAAUAAACCCCUUGGAAUGUGGGUAAAUUGUCUAUGGAUUUGCAAACUUCAAGCCUAAACAAGAGUUGGAUACUUUUGGUCUACACUUGCAAUUUUUCUCGGUUCUCAUUUCAAUGAAUAAAGUUAUAACUGCUAUAGCUGAGCAGGAUAUUAACACACAAACACAUUCCCUUUCCUGAUUAACAAAAUGCUGCAUGUUCUUCUUGCAGGGAAAUAGCCGAUUAUCAAUCCUUUCUACAGAUGCAAAUAGUUUCUGGGUUCCAUUACUGUGUUCUGCCAACCUGCUUUUAUUCAAACAAUACUCCCCACUUGGCUAUCUCACAAGAACAAUAAUCCAGUAAACAGUGUCACAGCUUCUGUCACAGCCAGGAUUCAUUUUAAUCAGUAUGUUUGUAUGGGGUGGUCACAAACCAUUGUAAAGCUCACUGAAACCCAACAAACAUUCCAUGCCGUGAUUAAUGUGAUAGUAACCUCUGUGAGAGUUUCUAGUGACUGUUUUACUUAUGUCUUUUCUCCAGUGUUCUUUCCAUCCUGAUGCAUUGAGUUGUAAAGCACUUCAGAAAUGAAUAAUGCACGUCUGACUCCAGUUCUGUUAAUCUCCAGAAACUGUGACCUCAUCUCAGACUUAAUCAGACAUCGGAGCUUUCAUUCUCAACUUUGAAUCUGCCACCCUCUCAGUUACAUUAAAGGGAUACUUCAACUUUGAGUUGAUCUUAGAUUCUACUGCAUUAAAUAGCUAUAGAAUACAUUUCAAAUAACUUGAUCAGUAAAAUCUGAAAAUAAAAAGACGCUCACCUUCCUGCCUUUGUCGCACUUUCUCCACUGAGCUCUCACCAAACCAGAAAUUGGUUUAUCCAAUUUUGACGUUGCCAUAAUUUCCAAAGGGAGUUAAAGGACCACUAUAGUGCCAGGAAAACAUACUCGUUUUCCUAUCCCUCCCGCCGGGCUCUAGGGGUGGAAGGGGUUAAAUUUACCUCUUUUUCCAGCGCCGGGCGGAGGACUCUCCUCCUCCUCCUCCUCCUCGUCAUCAUCAGCUGAAUGCACAUGAUCGGCAAGAGCCGUGCGCGUAUUCAGCCAGUCCAUAGGUAAGAAGUCAGUACUUAUAGGUAAUAUAUAAUAAUCACAGAAAAUAACUCCAGUGGAUCCACCGUCUUUAGUCCGUUUGUGUAAAUGUAUAUCAGUAAUCCAUGUAGAUAAUGAAAAAAAAUAUGAAUGGAAAAAAAAACUGUAUACAGUAAAAUCAAAAAAAGAAAAAAAUGGCAUAGAUGAAAAAAUAGCUGAAUUGGUUAGAUCUCACCACUCUAUUAGGCAAAUCAAUCCUGAUCAGGUGAGUAAAUCCAUGGGGGAUGGAUGCUGGAGAAAGAAACUGGAUAUUGUUUUGGAAGAUCUCUGGAGUCAGACACCGGUCUUGGGUUCGGUCAGAUGUGUAAGUGACUGGUGGGCUGAAGACAGACCGGCGGGCUGCACGCUCUGGACCAUGUUGUCCGGGAUAUUUUCUUCUCGUCAGCACAGCUCUGUCGGAGCGUUGCCAUGGUAACACGUGGCAACGCUCCGGCGCGACUUCGCAGGAGGAUUGCAGCCUCCUGGGUCGUCGUUUUGUCCAACAGGCUCCCGGGUCCUUGCUCCCUACCUCUCGCUUAACAAACUGCCCGGAGACCGGUGAGGGUGAACUUUGAUCUCCCCACCGGCCUAAAAAAGGCAGACAGCAGGGAACAUCACACAAAUCAAAUUUCUUGUGAAUGCAGUCUUUUUCUUAAUUAAAAGGUCUGGCAAUUUAAAGAAUAAUAAAACCAACAAAAAUGAAAGCCUUGCUCUUCUGAGCACUAACUCACAGUUUUUCCUCUAACUGCUGUUGGGCGGCUUACCCGCUUCCAACCAUACAAAAUACAAAUUUGAGCACAGACAUUUUUUCCAAAUUAAUGUUUCCUUUCUCCUUCAGAACACAAAGACUUUUGUAGGGAAAAAUGCAGUCUCACACACUGCUCGUCCUUCUCCCUGUAAAUACCUAACAGGGAAAUUUUAUAGCAGUCCUGUGCUAAUCAUUGCCAACAGGUGAGCAACUAUCUGGGUGAUCCAGAACUCCUGGAUUGGAUUGCUUACCUGCUGUGCUGCAUGUAAAUUAGAAUGGAGCACUGGCCCUCCCUUCACUCCAAAUGCUCCACCCCAGGAACCCAUAAUAAAUUACAAAAUUGUUCUGACUAAAACAGACAAACCUUCUUCUUGGGGCUAUUAAUUUACAUAUUCCAAUACUUUUGGAGAAAUAUACUCUCCGUCCAUAACAAUGCCUUGCACUUUGUCUCAAUACAUUGAGCAAGAACCCGGGGCAAGGGAAGACCCUCUGUUUGUGUUAAACUGCUUAAAAACUACUUUACACAGAACUGAAAGCCUGCCAGCACCAUAACCACUGAAACAUGAUGAUGUAGUUAUGGUGUCUAGAGUGCCCUGUUGAUAAAUAACUACAAGUGCUAAUUAUAAGGAAAGUUCUAAUUAUUUGUCAAUGUCUAUUUUCUUUGCUCUUUAUACGUACUUUCCUCCCAUUAGACCCCAAAAGAGAGGUCUCCUCAGUUGAUAUAAUGAUUAUAAGUCGUGUUGUGUCCCAUGGUGGCUAAUCUGACUCUCGUUCUUUAUGCAGGGACAUGUCCAUCUUGUUUGCCUUCCUCAGUGCUUUGGCAGCUUUGCAGUCCUGGAACAUCUCUUCCUCGCUCAUCUGGGGGCCUGGACUUUUUCUAGUUGCCAUUUUUACCGUCCUGCGAGCCAUGAAAGUGUUACAUGCAGCCAGGCUGCGAGUCACGCUGAAAAAAUACUUUGGCAAGUUUGAGGCAACUGUAGCAAACAGCCGAGCAUUCACCAACCUGGUGAGAAAGGCUCUACGACUUAUUCAGGAAACUGAAGUCAUAUCUCGAGGAUUCACCCUGUAAGUGUUUGUCUCCAUUUUUUUAUCUUUACCAAAUAAAUGCUUGGUCUUAAAAUAAUUUAUUAUAACAUUUAUUUCCAGUCCUUCUAUAAAUUUAUCUUGUGGAAAAUGAGGACUCUGAAUCCUUCACUCAAAUUUUCAGGCAUGAUUGUAGUUGUUGCUUAUUAUUUAUUUUUGCUUGGCCUGGUUUUGUUUCCCCCUUACCAUCCACUUAAAUCUUGGGCAUCAAAAUUUAAUGAAUCAUCCUACAAUUUAUUGAAACAAAGAAGUAAACUGCAAGAGAAGCAUUGCCAGGCUUCGAAAUACACAGGGUUUGAGUUGAAAGUCAACUUGACCCUUCCCAACAACGUCUGUCAUUCAUCACUGCACUCCGUAAGAGCUCGCCUGUUUGUGUACAGACAUAAACACAGACGGCUUACUGACCAUUCCAUUCAGUUUCAUACAGACUUGGCUGAGACUCCUUCACUGUAAGCUGAGAAGGAGCCUGUUGAUAUUUAUUUAGCACAUGUCUGCCCAGUGAACACUCCAUACAAUUUAAUGACAUGUGUCACUGAGCGGUGGACUUAUAGCUGCGGAGGUUUUUGUAAAUUCCGACAAAUUUACUCACAAACACUUAUAAGCAAGAUUGUGAAGUGACAGGGGCAUGGGCCUCCUUACAUCGUAAUCUGUGCAGGGAGCAUAUGUUCUGGUUAUUGAAGCAUCAAUUUAAACAAGUUUCACAGAAUAAAUCUGAUUCUUUAAAAACUUUCACAGUGCCCUACUCUCUCAUGGUGUUUCUUGUGCUGACAGCUAUACUUUAAAAAUUAUUGCUUGCUUUAUUUUCUAAGGAGAGUCAUAGAAAUGGCAAAAGCACGAACAUAUUCCCUGCUAUGAACAUUUCACGAUUACUUAAGUUUAGCAGCUUUUAAUAUGUGUCAUUCCAACUAAUGCCCUAUUGGAAUAAACGACGCUGACAUUUACAUAGGAUAGCAUUACUUAACUAGAUUUAAUUUCCUGUGUGUGUUUGACGGCACCAAAUGGGUUACCUGCGUUUUAGGACUGAAUCAAGUUUAUGCAAAUAAUUUGGAAGGCUUUAUUGCAUCCUAAGCAGAAGUUGAUUACUUUUAACCCCUUAAGGACCAAACUUCUGGAAUAAAAGGGAAUCAUGAUAUGUCACACAUGUCAUGUGUCCUUAAGGGGUUAAAUUAUAAAUUUAGAAAUCGGAAUUUAACGUGUUUGCUUUUCCCCCAAAAAUCACCAGUGAAAGGGUUAUUCUAAACCUCUUUCCGAAAUUCCAUUGUGUAGUUUAUAAUACCCUAAUGGACAUUAUUAGCUAUGUCCCCAUCUUAUAAAAGUCAAAAUAAAGAGCUAAAUUUACCGCCAAUCCAAUGCUGGGCAGAGCUCCUAGCACUACCUUUCACUUUUCCAUUUGACGUCAGCGGUGCCCGCUUGUGGUACAGUUGAAUGAUUCUUAUAGAGAAUUUGAUUGGACCUUUUUACCAGAUCAGAGCCCAUGUUCGCACUAUGAGCUGAGGAGGGAAGGGGUAGAUAGGGAUAAAUAAGAUAGAUUGCGGGGAAUCAUUCAAAUUCUCCCUUUUAGCCUGUGCCAGAGCAGAACUUUAAAAUGGCCACAUGUUUCAAUAACUCCUGAAAACCCACUCUUUCUUGACCAUCCUUAGAUUAGUCCCUUUUGUGACCCUUGUUAACAUGCUACUCACUAUUUUAUUUCCUUUCUAAUGACAGAUGUGUUUAAUGCAACAUGUAUUGCUAUUUGUUCAAAUAAUAAAAACUGAGCGUUUAAAUAAAAUAGAAUAUAUGCUUCUACACUAUACUGCCAUUAGAAUGUUGUAUUGUAUAUGUUUACAUGUUAAUGUAAGAAUGGUUUGGGACAUCUGUACAGAUGUAUCACAUUUUACUUUUCAAGUUUGCUUGACAGGGUCAGUGCUGCUUGUCCUUAUGAUAAAGUUGGACAGCACACCAGCCAGCAACUCCUUGGUUUACGCAAAGCUGUCUACAGGACCGUCAGAAGCAACUUUAGAGUGUCACGUCUCGCUACGCUGUACAUGCUCAAACAAUAUCCUUGCUGCUUCACUCCUGUUUUGUUAUUUGUUGCUCUCACAAAUAAGCCAAGUAAACCUCUCUGUAGUCUAACCAUUGUUCAUUGGAAUUGGUAGGAGAGGCUUUUGGCAAAUUGAUAGAAGCUUGUUGUGAUGUUAAAUCAUCAUUGCUUUUAUCAGGAAUAUUUCUGCAUUUUACCAAUGGUCUCACGCAUAAGGACACUCCAAUAGACAUUCUAACCCCGAUAGAUCAUUUCUGGUAUGAUCAGUGCCUUUUUAACCACUAAGAGCAAGAGCAGCAAGUCUAAAUGACCAUUUAGAUUUACAGAAAUCCUUGACGUGAAAUGUGAGCCACUGAUGAUGCUAAAACGAUUAUCUGGGGUUUCACUGUCUCAUAUAGAGCAGACGUGUUACAAACAUGAUUGACAUCACAACCUUUUUCAGUCUUGGCACAUCCAGGGCCCAAGCUGCAUUGGAAGGGGAGACAUGCACACACCGGGGGUAAAACAGCAUAAUAUUACAUUAUCCAGAUUAACUGGUGGCUCCAGUCAUAGGAUUAUUUUUUAUUUUUAUAUUUUUUAGAGCAAAAUCUGAUUAAAUAUGUCUAAUAGUGAUGUCCCGAACGGUUCGCCGCGGACUCUUCAUUGAGUAAACUUUGACCCUGUACCUCACAGUCAGCAGAUACAUUCCAGCCAAUCAGCAGCAGACCCUCCCUCCCAGACCCUCCCACCUCCUGGACAGCAUCCAUUUUACAUUCAUUUUGAAGCUGCAUUCUUAGUGAGCUGUCCAGGAGGUGGGAGGGUCUGGGAGGGAGGGUCUGCUGCUGAUUGGCUGGAAUGUGUCUGCUGAAUGUGAGGUACAGGGUCAAAGUUUACUCAAUGAUGAGUCCGCGGCGAACCGUUCGCGAACCGUUCGGGACAUCACUAAUGUCUAACCAAAAAAACUGGAGAACCCUGCGAAGUCUCUCUUCCAGAUUUGUUUUGCGGAUUGUACAAUUUACCCACAAUCCCUAUAUAGAAAAAAGUACACUUUGUUCAUUUUGUUAAUCUAAAUAGUAGAUUUAAGAAGGCUGUGGCUUGAGAUCUCUAAGCGCUCGAGACAGGUGAAGGAUAUAAACUAUAAAUGAACACACUCUAGGCCUGGUGGUACUGAUAAUUGUUGAUAAAUACACAAUGCAAUGAACUUACAUAGUGUUUUCUAGUUGUACAAGAUUCGAUAUUAGGUUUGCCACGUUUUUGCUGGACUUUUAAUGGUUCCUACAGUCUGCUGAGCAGAGUGAAAAAAGUGAUAGAAGUUUAAUCCAUAAUUUAAGUGUGAAAUCAAUUAAUUGGUCGUGGUGGUUGUUUUUUCAAGAUUUCUGCCGUGAUUCAAUUAAUUCCACCUAUAUUAUCUGACAUUCUAUUUAAAAACCUCCUGAAAGAAUAUAGAAAUUAUAAAUGUCCACCAAACAUUCAGCAGGCUACCAGCCUUUCUUGUAACAGGAUUUUAUAACAAUGGAAUUUUAGAAACGUGUAUUGAUACAUUUGGAGAGAGGCUGGAGAGAAGCAGUUUCUGUAUUUUGUUUUACUCUCGUUGCAGCUGUACAUCUCUGACCACAUCCUAUGUUUGGCUAGUUCAAUGGAAAUGGUGGCUGUAUGGUCUUAAACAUGUGUAAAUCUCCACCAGCUGUCAGGUGCUCAUUCUGAAUUUCCAUUUUAAAGCACAGUCCCAGCUGGCUGUUUAAGCUCUCCAUAGUUUUACACUAAACAGAUUCGGACUCAGGUGCUGCUCAAUGAGACCACAGGAAAUUUGGAAUAGGAUUAAUUUUCAGGAGAUUAAGAUCCUUAACAGAAAAUUAAAACGUCCCCUUUUACUAGGUGCGUGCCUUGUGGAUAGUGAUAUAUUGCUUGUGAGCCUUUUAUGUGUAAUAGAAGAGUGACUGUGAAUAGGAAAACCAAUCUGUCAGUCCAGUUACAUAGGGGUCUGUGUGUUAAUUUAAUGGCCAUCCUUGAAGAUAUUUACUAUGUGAUUAUAAAUCAGUAUGUUAAACAUUGCUUGCAACUAGCAGAUGUGAUCAGUUUUUAAUGAACCUGCAUGUUUCUGAACAAUGGAGAGGCGAGGAGAGCCCAUCUGUCUGAUCAUAGGUUAAAAUGGCACUUUUAUUCUCCAGCAAGCAUCACAUAGUAAAAUUUCCAGUUUUAACUAGACCUGCCUUAAAAUCUACUCGCCACUACAAGCCUUGAGGAUCUAUGGUGCACUCACCAUGGGUGAAUCUCUACUCGUGGGUUCAAAAAUUUUCACUUGUCAAUGGCUAGUGUGGAUGUUGAAACUUUAAAGGUAACCAUUUACAAAUGGGUUUCCAAGUUAAUGCCAGGUACAUAAACUGGCCCUACUUUAAAAAAAAAAAAAAAAAGCGUAUGAACAAGUAGUAGCUGAAAUAUUUGAUCACAGAGACUGGUAUGUGAAAACUACUUAUGAAUACGUUUUCAUUAGCAUCCAAGUAGUUUAUGUUUUUGUUUUUGUUGUGUAACAAUAGGUGGAGUAAGAUUAGUGGGGCCACAGAGAUUUCUAUUUUUUUCUUGAUUGUGCUAUUAGCUAGACCCAUUGAUAGCUGUUAAAAUAAACACCUUCCUUGGUUUAUAGAUACCCGGAUAAUGUAUUGUCUGUUCUUCGAUCACAUCCUGUGUGUAUUUUACCUGUUCUUUAAGUCUAUUUUUGUUUAAUUAAUAGGAGACAUUUUGAAGAGUAUCAUUUGUGACACUUGUGUGCAGCCGCCCCUAUCAUGCUAAAGUUGUUGAUGUAGUAGCCUUUGAAUCGUCUCCACUUUUUCAGAUUUUGUGAAAUACAUAUAGUACCGUAUUUAUCGGUGUAUAACACGCACCGGCGUAUAACACUCACCUCAUUUUAAGAAGGAAAUGUCAGGAAAAAAACCCUUAAAUUUCAAAUAAAGAACUUCUUACCCCCUUCUUACUCCCCCCUCCCCCUCUUCUUACCCCCCUUUCUUACUCCCCCCUCCCCCUCUUCUUACUUGCAGUUCUAGUUUGGUGAAUAUAUCCGACUACAACAACAAAAUGACAAACACCGUCCAAGUCUCGUGAGCAGGACACAAGAAAUUUGAAUGAUAAUAAAUUAAUAGAUAACAGACUCUGCAAAUAUCCUGUGAGCUGAUCUAGCAUUGUCCAAAUAGAGAAUAUACGAUUACAAUCCUUAUUAUAUAAUAUUACAUAUUCCAAAGCGCUGAAAACAAGACAUAUUUAACACUAAUAAAACAUGUCACAUACGGGAACAGUAGACGAAGAUGUCCCUGCCCAAAUUAGCUCACAAUCCAAAGCGUACAUAAUACUGGUAUUCAGGAGCCAAUGAUCAGCCAGCCCUUGCAUAGACAGACAUGAUGAAAAUCAGAUUUUGUCUAAUUAUGUCAUGAACAGUGGCACGUUCAUCACUGGUCACCCAACCAGACCCGAGUUAUCUGGAGCGUUGUGAGCAAAUAGUCUGGGACCAAUACCAAUACCAUCAAUGACCAUCUUUACUCCAUAAAAUCACUCACCCUUUGUAUUCUACGCCAUGAGACCAUCUCUGACCCAUACUUUCUCUGCUUAUUUAUGACCCAUACCUUCUAUGACCAUCUCUGAUCCAUACCAUCUUUGCUUAUCCAUGAACCCAUACCUUCUCUGAUUAUCCAUGACUCAUACCUUCUCUGACCAUCUCUGAUCUAUACCCUCUCUGAUUAUCCAUGACCCAUAUCUUCUCUGACCAUCUCUGAUUAUCCAUGACCUAUACCUAUACCGCGCGGAACAGGAGUUUCUGUUUCCUGUACCCGGUCGGACUGACAGGAAGGUGCACCCUGAGCGUGCACCUUCCUAUCACUCCGGCCGGGCACCGCGGACAGCAGAGCGGCUCGGCCACGCUACAGGGGAGGGGAGGUGAGUACCAACUGCAGCCACCUGAGCGCUCUUGACAGAGCGCUCAGGCGGCUGCAGUAUUUAAAGGGCCAGCGUAUAACACGCACCCACAAUUUCUCCCCUAUUUUCAGGGAGAAAAAGUGCGUGUUAUACGCCGAUAAAUACGGUAUUUAUAGUACUGAGCUGGAACCUUUUUAUUCUGUCUCCAUAAGUGACUCUAGGUUUUUUGUCACUCUUGAGAUUUAAAGACUCGUGCAAGCUCAAGAUGUUAGCAGGUCACUAAUGGUGCCCAGAUAAAGGUACCAGAUCAAUACUACUGUGUAACAGGCGAUUCCUUUGAUUAUUAUUAGACACAGGGAUUGACACCAUGAAAUUUGUACAUAUGGUGUGCACUCUCUUCCAGCGUAACAAGUAGUGUGUCCUGGGAUAUACUGCUCGUGUGUGAAUUGGAAACAUGAUUCCCAACUCAGAACCGUGUAUCACUGUGUCCAUUUAUUUUUAUUUUUAUUUUAUUUUUUUAUGAAUUGGAAACAUGGAUUCAAUGGAAAUGUGUCCUCUUCAUGAGAUUUAUUUGCCUCUUACAGCACGUCAACAGGAUUAAUCCAGAUUCUACACCGCUUUUUGUAAGGGGAAAGGAUAGCAUGGCUGAGACCUUUUUAUAGGCUAUACUACAAAUUGCAUUUUUGGCAUAUUUUGAGACAAUGCAAAGAAAUAUCUAGUAGAAAGUCACUAAAAUCCUUUCUGUCGACCAUAAUAUGUCUGGUUGUGAUGUGUAGAAAAUAACCUUUUACUAAAUAGACUAUGAAAUGUGUUCUCAGUCUCUUAUAAUCGGCACUCUGCUCCUCUAAUUCAGUGUGUGUGGGCUUAGUUUAGCAAUCCAUUAUUAAUUGUGAGUUAUUAAACGGAUAAACAGGUUAUUGUGUGCAGUUGACCAGAAUCUGAUGUGCUUAUUCUAGUGAAAAGGUGAUCCCCUCAAAUAGCAUAAGGACCCAGGUUUUUAGAAACAUUGCCAUAUGAAAACUUUAGUCUCUUAAAUUGUACAUCAUCUGUUAAUAUCGUAUAAAUCUAUAUCAAUGCUUUUCCUUAACACUAACUUAACUUACCCCUUAAACUCUGAGAUUGAUAAUGUGAGCAACUAUAUCUGUGUUGUCCCAUUGAAAGACUUGGGUUUGGGAUUAAGUGAGGAUCACGUGUCUGAGGAAGAAGCUCACAAUCUAACAAAUGGCUUCAGCCUUCCAGCUUUGAAGGUAAGCAUUAUGCUAGCUAUUUUCAAAUAUAUUCCAUUCAUAUCUUUGCUCUUCUCUAAUGUGCACUGUUGUAAUGACAAAUUACCUUAAAAACCUUCUGCCAUGCCUAGUAAAUAGUAAUCUAGAUGAUUUUGGCAGGGAUGCUUUUAGAAGAAAAUAGUUUUAUGUGUUUAUAAAAACAUUCAGCAUGGACAGAGGAAUUACUACAAAAGGUAAAGAGAGACAGACACAAUACACGAUAAAUUGUUGGGUGAUAAAAUGAAAGGGGUAGUGAGCGUGAAAAUCACAACUGGUGCAAGUAGUGGACAUCAAACAUUUAAGAAUUAAGGCCUUGACGUAAUAUUUUGGAAAAGCUUUUGAAAUUAUGUAAUAUUUUUGGAUAAACUUUAAAAAAAAAAUUUUUUUUUAAAUAUUAAAAUACCAAAAAAAAUCAAAUUAUUAAAAACGUCUUCAUAAUAUUAAUUAUCAUUUUAAAAGUUUAUCCAAAAAUGUCAAAUUUUUGUCUCAAGGGAUAAAAUUUCAUAAUAAAAAGAGACCUCAAGACGGAAAUCAACAUGAGGAAGGAAAUUAAAAUGUAAAAGGAGUCUUGGAAAGGAUUACAUUCGGAUUAAAUUUAGUGAUAAGUCAACAUUUAAAUUUAUGUUGGUCCUCGUUUUUUAAAUUGACACUUAGAAACGUUUUAAUAUUUGCCUCGGUUACUGGGCAAAGUGAGAUGUCACACAGAAGAACAUGGUUUCAUGUUUGCAAGCAAUGUUCUUGAUGACUAAAUCUGUGUUCUAAGUUACUGAUAACGUGUUUGUGUUUUGGCAGGUUCUCUUUCAGCUCUGGAUCGGACAGAGCUCGGAGUUCUUCCGCCGCUUAGCUCUUCUUCUCUCUAUUGAAAAUGUGUCUCAAGGUCCUAUAGUAACUCCAGAACAAUUCCCUCACUACAUCUGGUCUGAUGUGGCUCAGGAUCUACCUCAGACUCAAGCUACCUGUCUGAGCGAACUCAAGCGCAGUUACGAGUUUUACCGUUACUUCGAAACCCAACACCAGUCAGGAGUGGAGCGCACAGCUAAGAGAAAGCGUGAGACGGGAGAACUGAACAACUUGCAUGGAGCUGUGCGCAGUCUUCAGUUACAUUUGAAAGCUCUUCUUAAUGAGUGAGUUUCUGCAUCGAGACAAGCACCUUCUCUAACUUUGAUUUUUUUGGGGGUUUGAUGAAAUUGUGGGUAGAAUAGACCUCUAUCAUAGCUAACAAUGUCAAAUCCUACACUACUAGCCAUGCCUUAAAACUGCAAACCUUGAGAGUCCAUGACAUACUCCCUAAGCAUGAGAUUUAUAAAUUAUAUAUAUAUAUAUAUAUAUAUAUAUAUAUAUAUAUAUAUAUAUGUGUGUGUAUGUAUGUAAUCAAAGCUUAAAGUGCUUAUCCUCGUUACUCUACUAUGUCAGAUCCGCUAUCUUAUAUGUUGUUAAUGAGAGUUAGACAUGAAAGUCAAGAUGAUGAUAAUGAACCCAGUGUAGGUGAGCAGAAAGCAGUUUCACCGGGCUGAACUCCAUAAUUGGAGACUUUACUACUCUGCCAAUGUCAUAGCGUUAUAAGACAUUUGUGUACACAAUGUAUAGGCGGAAUUAUGUCUCCUUGACAUUUGCACUUUAAUGGAAAAUGGACUCCGGACAGACUCCUCUUCACUUACCACAUUUGUGUAACUCGAGAAUUUCACUUUGUCUUUAUUCUAUUUUUCAGUCUUAGUACCCACCUUACACUCUACACCUAUUUUUUUUACAGCAAUCUUUUGGAUGACACUAUAUAUGUUUUACUCAUUGUUUCUUGCAUCACUGUUAAGUUAGGUUGCCACGAUCUGUUUCUCAUUAAACUGUGUUGCCUUCUAAUAACGAAAUAUGUCCUCUAAUAGUCCUUCAAAUAAUUUCAGUAGCAUAACUAUUAAACUUGCGAUCAUUUUUUACAUUUGGACGACACUGCUUUAUCAGUGUCACAGGAAAGAAAGUAAUCCUGUACAAAAAUAGUCUGCUUCGGGGCGGAGCCUAGCUUCUGAGCAGAGCAGACAUGGGGAAUCUGAGGUCCUGCCUUUUGAGCCUAUUUUGGGGUGAGAAAACCUGCAAACUGACAACCAAACCCACCCAAGGGGGCACCAUCUGAGCCCCGGUGCCCGGCUGCACAAUCCAAUACCUUAAUCAAGCAUGUAACCUGCAGGAAACCCAGGCACCUCUGCCGUGGUCUGUUGGGGUAAGAUUGGGAGAGGCGGCCGAUCUCCUUAUUUCCAGACCCAGUGUCCGUUCUCACGCUAUCCUACCCCACCCCACCCCCUUUGGACCGGUGGGGGUUAUCCCGGUCCCCACGGGCAUAUCUUGAGUGACUCACUCUGCACUUAAUCAUGCUUUCUGGUCGCACAAGAGCUGAACUCCGACCACGCGGAUCAGGCAAGAUGGCAACAGUCCUCUCCACUGAACAAGGAGCACUGGGUCUGCCUAAACCACCUCGCCCCGAGUCUUUGGAGCACACCCUGCAUAAGCUUGACAAGAUAUUCCGGAGCUUCUGGGCACGAUUACAUGACCAGGCACAAGCUGCCAUUAUUGAGCAUGGUGUUGCCAGCAAAGAAAGAAACCUGUCAAAGCCGAACUGCCCUCUUCAAGGCAAGCAUACAACACCAGCACCUGGUCAACCCAACGCCUGCCCGCCAGUGCCGAGACCUCCCAGAGGCAAUAUUUAAUUGAAUUCACCGAAAUGCGGAAGACUGCUCUCCGACAAUGGUCUUUAACGACUAGUCCUGCUACUAGCUCCGGACGGAGCAGGGACUCUGCUCCUGGGAAAACCCAAGUCUGGGGAUCUGGGAUGCAGGCCCUCACUAAAGCCUGGAGUUGGAGGAGAGCCCUACACAGGCACAACCCUGCAGUCACUCACCUUUACCUACUCAGCACUACACCAACCUUGCAACCCGUUGGAGUUGGCUGAAACCGGUGCCAGACUGCUGCCACAUAACAGGCAGAUGUCAUAUGAUGUGCACAGCACGACACGCGACUUGUUGUUAUUUAGGCUAUUCACUAUGUUUUACGUUCCAUUUUUCAUAUUAUUUUCCUUACAAUCUUUAUCCACUAAUGUGCACGAAUAUUAAUAUGUGAUGUAGUGAGGGGAGGAGUAGACGGAUAUAGAUACCGUGGUGUACCUUCAUAGCACUCAGCUGUUACAGUGCUGCUGGUUUCAUAAUCGCAAUACAUGUCUAGCCUUGUAAUGGUACCGCUGUACAAUAUACAAAGAUGGGUAGUACUUAGCUUGUUUCACCACAGCCACAAAGCAUGCAGAGGCUGAAGUUUCUUGAAGUGUGGUACCAUGCACACUUCUCUCGCAUUCAUAUCAUGUCACUAUUCACCAACCUCACUUAGCGCAUGUUUGCUGUGAAACCCCUCAUGUGAUACUAUACCUACAGAAUUGCAUGUUAUGUUUUCUUUUAACUCCUGCGACCUGUAACUAGAUUUGUAUGUUUAGCUUGUUGAUCUACACUUCAAAAAAAAGGUGCCACCACCUUAAUGCCAUAUAGGUAUAGUGCUAGGCUAUUAUUGUGCUUGCUUAUGCUGAUGUGGUAUCGUAAGCUCUUUUGUUAUCUUGUGCACAACAAAAAUAAAGAAUUAAAUUUUUUUUAUUUAUUUUUUUAAAUAGUCUGCUUCUAUAUAACUAGUCUAUUUACAUCUCCUGUGGGGGCAACAAUCUACUGAGCAUUUGAUUUAUGAGAUUAAGAAUGGAGUUGGCAUGGGUUAGAAACUUCAUCAAUGUUUGGUGCUCUCAGUAUGGUGACACAGAGUGUCGUUCUCUGGGAAGCAAGCAAAUAGGCAUGUCAGAAUUAGGUAUACCUGGUAAAGGUAUACAAGUGGUGUAUCGCUAUGCUUGACAGAUGCAGCAGACUGCAAAUCCGAGGUUUCUGAAGUAGUAGGUCCUGUGAAAUGAAUGUGUGGGGAAAAAUUGAAUUGAAUCAGUGCGGUGAACUUCAGCACAAUGUGCAGCACUGGACUAAGAAGCACCUGUUGUGUCCAUUUGGAGUUGUUAUAGGUAGCAGUGUUUACUGUGCUCAGUAUGCAGGGACAGGCUGUAGACACUAGAAACACUACUAUUAUGCUGGAGUGGUUCUGCUGUCUAUAGUGUCUCUUUAAACUAGUUUUUUUUGUGCUUACAGUGUCCCUGUAAUAUGGUAUAUAUCUAUCGUUUAAAAGAAUGAUGUAUAUAAAUGUAUGGGUUCACUUUAAGAGAGAGCCUCAGUCACUAAAAGGUUAGUAAUGUGCUUCCUUUAGAAGGCUGCAAAGUGAUUUCAUAAUAAUGAGUUCCUUAAUGACUCUGUUAAUUGAUAGUAAAAUGAGAACGUCAGUGGUAGUUUAUGCUAAUAAUUGCUAGAGGUGAGCACAACAUUUUUUUUGUUUUUAUAACUUUAUUUCUAUUUAAUCAGGGUAAUAAUUCUUGAAGAUGAACUAGAAAAACUUGCCUGUUGUAAGGAAACCCAAGCAAUGUCAAGUGAAGCAUCCCUUGUCCUGGAAGAGAAGCUGAAGAUGUUACAACCUCAUGUACAGGCUAGUAAUACCUGCUGGGAAGAGGCCUUAUGCCAAGUUGAGAGAAUGGUUCGAAGGCCACCUGCAAAGAAAGGUAUUGUGGUGCACCAUGUAAUGUUCAGAAACCCCACUGCAUCUUAGUGAACCUUAGCUUUUGUGAGAUAUUCUUAUCAUAAAUUAGAUUUUGCUUGUUAAAUUAGGCCAACAAAGGUAGGAUUUUAGGAAGUUAGGAAAUACAUUUUGAAAACCAUAUUUUUUUUAUUUUACAAAUGCAUUAAAUGCUUUGCAUUUUGUAACCGAGACAUUCCCUUUAGUAAUGCAAUGCAAGAUAAGUUAAAGGGAUAACAUAGGCACUAAAACAACUUUAUCUUAAUUAAGUGUUUUUGGUGUAUAGAUCAUGUUCCUGCAGUGUCACUGCUUAAUGCUCUGCCAGUCUGGUGUUAAAUCACUUUGUUUAAACAGCCCUCGUCACACCUCCCUGCAUGUGACUUUCAAAGCCUUUCUAAACACUUCAUGUAAGGAGAGAUCUAAUGUUCAAACUUUCUUUAAUGUACAGUGUGUUUCAUUUAGAAUUUAUCCCCUGCUCUGUAUAGCCUGCUAGAGCAUCCUGUGUUUCAUUCAUGUUUAAUUUACAGAACAUGAUAUAAAAAAACUUCUAAAGUAAGUUUCAAAUCUGAUUGAAAAUGAAACCAGUUUUUCAUGCAGGCUGUGUGAGUCACAGUCCGGGAAGGUGUGGCUAGGGCUGCAUAAACAGAAACAAAAGUGAUUUAAUUCCUAAAUGACAGUGAAUAGAGCGGUGAGAUUGCAUGGACAUGAUCUACAGACCAAAACCGCUUCAUUAAGCUAAAGUUGAUUUGGUGUCUGUAGUAUCUCUAUUGCAAAGACCUAUGACGACUACAUAUAGUCUUUUAAGUUGUUCAGACACCAUUUAUGUUUCGGCAUAAAAACACAAACAUUACAUAAAAUGGCAGAAACCAGCAUCACCACUAUUGGCAAUUCAUUACCUCGGUUAAGCCCUAGGUAUUUGAGUGAUUUGUUUAAGAUAUAACUUUCAUUAAUUUUACCAGAUAUUUCAAACUCCUGUGAGAAUUCACAUUGCCCUCCAGUGUCUCUUGUGCUUCCCACCCUACGUAUUGAAGACAAAGAUCCAGUCCCUGAAGAGCAGGUAAGAACAUCUGUGUGUGACAGACAUAGGUUUAUUUAACACCAUGUACAAUUUUCACUGGACUAUUAUAUUUCCAAACUAAUAGUAAAAUAUGUAAACUAUAGGGGGUUUGUUUUAAUGUUGGUACUCCUAUCAUCUCGCUCAGAAUAACCGAAUGCUGACCUGACAUUGUCAAGAACCAAACCAGCGUUUCGGAAAUGCUUCAUGCUAUCCACAGAGCUGUUUCACUGACUGUACUUAAAGUAUGUGUUUGGGGAUUGUAAACAUUCCAGAAUCAACGUCAUCUUUCAGAGGUUAUAGGAGAAUAAUAGUAAUACAUUUAUAAUUUUGGACAGUUUUGUCUUUUUUUUUUUUUCAAGAAACAUUCUUGGGAGUAAAAGUUUAAUAUACAAUUUUACAACUACUGUUGUAUGAUUGCUUCCUUAUUUAUUCCGUUCCUGGUUUCAUUCCCAAAGGCAGAACAAAACUUGCACAGUUAUUCAUCCUUUCAGCUUAAAUUUAAUGGAUGAAGUAUUUUCUUAUUCCAUCUCUGACUUUAACCCGCUUGAAAAUCAUGUCCUCUCUCCCAUGACAUCCAAUAAGAAUUGGAUAAGUUCUGAGCUCUAAGCUGGUAACAUGUGCUGAUGGAUUACACUCUUGUGAGUAGUGUGAUGUUUACCCUCUUGUUUUCCCCUUUGCUGUGUUUCUGACCUAUUUAGGUAUUGUGAAACUGUUAUCUGAUUAGCUCAGAUGAGGGUGGUUUUUUUUUGUUUGUUUGUUUUACCACCAUUCACUAUAUGUGCGUGUUGUUUUGGUGGAGCACUUAAGUAAUUAUUUUAGAAGUAGAUUUUAUCAAAAGUGGUUUUACAUGUAGACUUGUGCAAUUUCAAAGAUUAAUGACAUCAACCAUUAAUGUAAAAGCAAAAGUGUUUCUAUAGGUAUUUGUAUAGCCACACCUCUCUGAAAUGAUUCGACAUCUUCCCCAACAACCGUACAGUGUUAAAUACAUAAAGGGAAUCAACACAGUAAAGGAGGAGACUAUAUUUAAAAGAAGAAAAACUACCACAACAAGAGGACAUAGUCUUAAAUUAGAGGGACAAAGGUUUAAAAAUAUCAGGAAGUAUUACGUUACUGAGAGGGUAGUGGAUGCAUGGGAUAGCCUUCCAGCUGAAGUGGUAGAGGUUAACACAGUAAAGGAGUUUAAGCAUGCGUGGGAUAGGCAUAAGGCUAUCCUUACUAUAAGAUAAGGUAUUUAGAAAAUUGGGCAGACUAGAUGGGCCGAAUGGUUCUUAUCUGCCGUCACCUUCUAUGUGUGUGUUAUCACCUUGUUCUAGAGCAAUUGAUGGUUGGACUCUUAACUCAUGUUUUCCAGGAAUUAGAGGCCUACGUGGAAGACACGGCUGCAGAUAAAUUCUGUAGUGAGGAUGUGUAUUUCUUCUCUCCAGAGGAAAGGGAACGACAGAAACGAGAAAGGGAAGAAUCCAAGAGGGUAUUGCAAGAGUUAAAGGCUGUGCUAGGGUUAAAGGCAUCAGCAGCAGAGAGACAAAAAUGGAAGCAGUUACUGUUUAGUGACCACGGUGCGUGUUAGAACCACGUGUUUGUACUUCACAUUCCCUGCCUGUGUAGCCAGUGGUACAUGUAAAACCAGUAUCAUUUUCACUCUUCUCUACCAACAUGUAUGGCAUGCAUACAUUAUUUUAAACAUCUUCUCAAAGGCCACAUUCUGGGAAUGUAUACAUUCCUAUUACUCCAAGGGUACCUUUGCAGCGCAAUAUUGCUAUUUAUUCUGUGAAACACAUACAUACAGAGUUAUUCACUACACGUUGAGAUUAAAGGGAAUUUUACAUAUGAGGUAAAAAUAGCCGGACUGUAAACUUUCUGUGAGUGAGCUCUGCUUUCAGAUUAGCUACUCCAACCUUUAAAUGUAGUCACCUUGAAUUCUCAUUGUAGUGAAUUACCCUGAUAGUCAGAGGUUUUUCACUGCCAAACGGUUUGCAGAAAAGCCACCACCAGAAUCCAAGUGUUUUUGGUAUCUUGGAAAGUAAAGUUUAAAUAUAUUUUUUGUUUGUUUGCCUAGUUAUUUAAUGAAAGGAACAUUUUAUCUGGACAGAAAAAAAAAACAAAAAACAUUUACCAAUUAAUAAGGUUACUGAUAGGAAAUCAGAGGUGUAAAUAAAUAUUUUUUUUCUCAAUAGGAACAUACUUUUUUUCUCAUAGUCUAUAAGCCUCUCCUCUAUACAUUGUCCAGUUCUGAGGUUUGUGUGUGUCCAUAUGUAUAUUGUAUAUGUUGCAACAUUACCAUGACAUUAUUUAUACUAUAUUACACUCACGUUGCAGCCAUGUUGCCACUUUAGACACAUAAACAAAUACACAUUCACACAUCCACACACUGAUGCACCCAUGUAUACACUUUGAUGCAUGCGCAUAUAGACAAUUGAUACAUGCAUACACCCAAACACACUGAUGUACAGAGACAAACACCCAUACAUUGACAGAUAGUCACACAACCAGUGUGGAUCUGAGAGUGUAUAUCUGUGUGUGUAUGUGUAUCCAUCAUGUGCCUGCAAUGCAUGUCUCUGUGUGACUGUGUCUGAGAGCACAAGUGUCUCUGUCUGGUAGUAUAUGUGUGGAGGGAGCUGCUUUUUGUCUUGCUGUGUGCAAUGUGUUUUUGGUGGGGCUGAGUUGUGUGUGAGGUUGAUUGUGUGGGUAUGAGUGUACUGUCUUUGGAGUAAUGCCUAUGCCUAAUGGUGCCUGUGUUUAUGAGGGUGGUUGUGACAGGGUGACUUUGGAAAUGUUUUUAUGAGGUGUAAAGUUUUAUAAGGGAACUGACUCCCAGUGUGACAUUGUGUGGGGGUAAGUGUGUGGUGACUGUGACAGUGACUGUGACUUUGUUUGGGGAGAGAGAAAAAUGUGUGUAAGGGAAGGGGAUGACUGUGACAGGGUGUAUGUGUGUGGUGGGAUAGGGUGACUUUGAGAAGGGAACAGUGGGGGGGUGAUGUGACUUACUCUAUGUGGUGGAGGGGGGUGAUGUGACAGCAUGUUUGAAGAUACAUGUGUGGGAGAUGCGACAGCAUGUUUGAAGAUACAUGUGUGGGGGAUGUGACAGGGUGACUGACUGUGGAUGGGGGGGGGGGUGGGUGUAAGUGUGCAGGCUGGUAGAUUGUAUGUGGGGAGACUGUAUUUCCCUGUUCAGCCUCCCCACACAGUGCAUAAACUUUAUUUUUAGUUGAAGGGAAACUCCAGUUCCAGGCAAACAAUCCGCUUUCCUGGCACUGCAGGUCCCCUCUCCCUCCCACCUUCCAAUCCCCGGUUGCUGAUGGGAUGCAAACCCCUUCAGUCACUUACCAGAGGCAGCGACAUGUCCCACGUCGCUGCCUCUUCCUCCACCGCCGCUCCUCCUCUGCAUUACGUCGCCUGGUGGGCGAGACUGAUCCCGCCGGCCGGGGAGACCUAAUGCAUGCUCAUUAGAGCGCCCCAUAGGAAAGCAUUGAAAAUGCUUUUCAAUGCUUUCCUAUUGGGAAUUGAGCAACGCUGGAGGUCCUCACACAGCGUGAGGAUGUCCAGCGACGCUCUAGCACAGAAAAUCUGUGCUAUAAUCCAGGAACUGCCCUCUAGUGGCUGUCUAGUAGACAGCCACUAGAGGUGGAGUUAACCCUGCAAGGUAAUUAUUGAAGUUUAUGAAAAACUGCAAUAAUUACACUUGCAGGGUUAAGGGUAGUGGGAGCUGGCACCCAGACCACUCCAAUGGGCAGAAGUGGUCUGGGUGCCUGGAGUGUCCCUUUAAUCUCCCUCAUUCUUACCUUUUUGCAUUGAGGUGACAUCUGCUCCUUCCUCCCGUUUUGUCCAGUGGGCUGCCAGUGGAAUCUGCCCCUCUGGCUAAGUGCAGCCUACUAGGAAUGCCCCUUCUGGUCUCUGAUUGUGAGGGAGUAUUUGCAGAGAGCUGCUCUCAGCCAGAGGGCAGCCUGCAGAGUAAGCAGCACAGCACCGUGCAGGGAGAUCUCCCUACCGGCUCGUGGUGCAUGGGGAAGCUCAGCAGAGCUGGCACUUUAAAGGUAGCACUGGCUUUUCAAUCCACUCAACCAUUGCAAACUAAAUUUGUUUGCAAUGUUGUGAUCAUGUUUACACGAGUGCAUACUUUGAUAGGGUUAAGAAAACCAGUGAAGCUGAAACCACCAAAACUCAAAUCUCAGUCUAGAAAUCAGUAAUAUGGGUGAUCUAAAGAACGUGCAAGCUUACAGUGCUUUGUGUUGUGUAAGGUUUCUGAUGUGAUGUUUACACUGUGUGUGAUAUUUAGGUGCUAUAUUUAUAGUGCAUACUAUGCGUAUAUGAUCAAACCCUAGAUUUUGUGUACAAGUUCCAUGGUUUUAGCCAAUUUCCAUAUUCUAGUAAUGGAGAACAACAACAAAACGAAUGACGUGACAUAUUUUUGUGUAUUUUGUUUUUGUUUUGUUUUAUAGCUGUAAUUAAAACCUUGCUACCCGAGGAGCCAACCAGUGCUGUUGAACCAUCUUUGAGUUUUGAUGCAGAUGAGUUGUCUAAUAACAAAACACUAGGUUUUCAUGGAGAAAUAAAUAGGGAAAUGAAUGGUACUGGAGAUGAUCAUGCAGAAGAGGAUUCCCACCAUCCACUUGAUCUUGACAAUGAGGAGAAAAUAUUUCAUUUGUUGGAAGACACUCAGCCAACCGGAAGUGAAGAGAAGAUGGUUCCUCCCUGUCCAGAACCUAGGACUGUGUUGCCCGCCUCUAUCAAGGAGCGCCUUGCCCGUAUCCAUCAGUCAUCAGAUCUACACUUUGCGUCUGGACUAGCUGCACAAGUGGCUGCAAGAUCUCUCACUUUCACUUUCUUUCAGGAGCAGACUUUUGGGGAUGAUAGUGAUGAUGAUGAUGUGGAUCUAGUAAACAAUGGAGAUGAUCAUUCAAUAGAGGGAGAUGGUUUAGACAUUCAUGCAGAACAAGAGGGAUAG